AUGACGAGUGCGGCUCCUGCAAGGAAGCCGUACCGUAAGGCUCCACCCCAGCACCGCGAGACACGCCAAGCCCCGCCACCGACUGCGCCACAGCACGACAUCAAUCAGGUAAACCUCAAUAUGCCUCCACACACACCUCUGCAGCAUUUUAGUUGCGGUGCUUCUUCUACAAGGCCACAAAGUGCCGGGUCACGACGUUGCACCUCAGUGUCGCCACUUCCCAUCUCUGAGAGUGAACUGGACAUGUCGAGUCUGUCUAGUCUGGAGCUCUGCAUCCCACCACCACCACUCUUUAGUAGCAAUACCACCAGGCCUAACCGGAUGACCCGCACCAGAACAAAGGCAUCAGGAAUCACCACAAGCCCUCACCAUGCAAUGAGUCCCUUCCUUAGCGGUGCAGAGGAAGGUUAUUCAGAACACGGGAGCCCAACCACAGCCAGGAAAACCUCCCCCAGUUGCAGCCCCAGAGGAGAUCCUUGUAGCUGGACUCACCGAAUGCAAACCGCCCCUGCCACCAUCCCAAAGAGCAUCCUAAAGCAGCCAGCUCUGUUAGGUGUGGAGCAUGCCUAUGACAUUAUAAGGAAGUCGAAGUCUGUGGAGCUGUUGGAUGACUGCAGGGGGGGGAGCAAAUCUAAGCCUAUCCGCUCCCUGGACCGGUCAAAAGAGCGGGCACCAGUCUCACGCCGCUCCUCAGCCCCACCCUCUCCUUGCAGGACUGACUUGAACUACAAGAAGCAGGCCCUGGAGGAGAAGGUACGUUUCUCCAACUUCAUAGAUGAGAUCACCUGCAGGGUCUUGAGCCCUGCCAGCCUCUCGCUGCUUGGAAAAUCACCUUCUGAAGAACAAGGAAGCCCAGCCCCAGAACGCCGCCGACACCGCUCUACCCACAGGAGACAAAAGGAAGGGGAUUUAUCUGCAGAAAGGACUCGACGCUGGGAUGACUGGGUUGCAGCGAUGCAGAGGCCUGACAGUUGGUACCAGCCCCUGCAGGACAAGGAGGCGGAGCCACAGCAAAGUGACAUCCCAGAGGGCGCAGGGUCUAAAGAGGAAGUGUUGAGAGUGAACAGAAGUGUAAAGAUGAGAGAUCAGGAGACAGAGGAAUUGCAGAGACACAAACACAAACCCUCCAAUUCUAAUCUGGGUCCUUUGUCCCAAAUGAAGGUAGGUAAGAGGGGGACAACUGUCCUCUUCACCUCUCCUGCCUCCUCUCCUCCUCCCUCCUCUCCCCCUCUCUCCUAUUAAAGCCAGUCAACCAGUUUCAUUUAGUUCAACCCUGGACUCUGUGAUCACUUGUUUAGCUGUGUUAAAUAAGUAAUGCCUUCUCUCCUUUCGAGUAAUAACACAUCAGCUGAUGAUGUCUGUAAUUCUAUUAGUUAUACAAUAUGCGAGAAUCAGGCUGCUAGUGAAAUAGAAUAUACAGAUGAAAACAACCCGUAUUGUUUCGGGUGCCUAAACUUUCACACACACCACUGUGUUCACAAGCAAGCAGGAGGAGAUUUAUUGUCUUCAUACUCUACCUAUGCAUGCAUAGAUCGGUGUUGUAUGAACACAAGCCUUCACACAGUGCAAAGUUCCUCACAGGAGCGUUAAAAUAAGAGACUUCAUUUGAACGAACUGCAAAUUUAAAUGGAUGCUGCUUUAUAUGUCCUCAAGGAAGCUGCCUAGGCCAGCUCAUGUACUCCAUCUUUACAAAUGAUUUUCUUCUAAUACUUGGAGAUGCCGAAUUACAAUGUAUGCAGAUGACACCACAGUGUAUGCAUCACCAAGAACACCUGAUGAUCUAAAUGUCAUCUGAAAUAGGGAGCUAGGCACAGUUGGGAAAUGGAUCUGUCAAAACAAUUUAAUACUUAACACAGCUAAAACAAAAUGCAUUGUAUGAACUAAACCUUGUUAUGAACAAAGCACAUAUAGUGGAGGAAACCAAGUUCCUGGGCGUUCUUAUUGAUAAUGAGCUCUCUUGGUCAAAACACAUUGACACAGUUGUAUGGGUAAGUCAUCGGCAGUGGUAAGGUGAUGUAGGAAAUACCUCACAGUAAAAAUAGUUAUAAACAACAUUUUACUCUCACAACUGGACUACUGUCAGAUAGUGCUGGGCGAUAAAACGAUAGCAGUAUUUAUCGAAAAUUAAUUUCCCUCAAUAUCAAUAUAAAACAUAGUUGAUAUGCUUUUUCGAUUGUUGGCGUUAGAAAGGAGAGAAGGGCGUUGUCCAGGAUUUAGCUAGGUUUAGAGCGGCAAGAGAUAUAGUGGCCCUCAUUUAUCAAUUUUGUGCAGAUUCAAGCACAGAUCUGAGCGUAGGAUUCAUCGUACGAUAGGACAUACGUAAGAUUUAUGAAAGGGUUCGUAUCUGACCAAUCCCAACAUACGUGUGGUCGGGUCUUGAUAAAUGCGGUGGCUAAAAUCGAUCGUCAGUAACAUGUUACGCCCUUAAAUAUUCGUGGUUCAGAAGCCUUGCCCACUGAGGUCAAACAUGAAAGAGGAGAAAUAUUACAAAGAUUAGAAACUUUUUCGAGCUGAAAGUGGAAAUCCGAUAUCUGUGGUGGAAACUAACAAGGAUUUUCUCUUUGGAAGUAUCAAAACUGGUAUAAAAGCAGUCCAGAAAAACUCCUGUCUGGAACAAGAUUAUGGUGGCGCUGAACAGCGCUGCUGCGGAAUAGUGGACAUUAGCUGAAGUUUGAAUAAAUCAUUAGUCAAUAAGUUGCUCAUGAUGAUGAAUUAAUAUCUCAUACAUGGGGUACGUUGCUCCUAUUGUUGAAAGUAUUUAGUCUGAAUUUUUUGCGCCUUUGUAAUGUAGAGCCAACUGGAGAGUCUGACAGAGGCUGAACAAAAAUUAUUAUUAACGUCACUAAACGGUGUGUUGCUGCCCAUGAAGCACUUUCUAAACUUAAACUUUACAUGUCAGAAUCCAUCGGUAAGGUCCUGUCUCCUCUGUGCCGCACGUUUGUCGAGUCUCUCCUCGUUACUGUUCUCCGGGCAUCAGGUCCUCACGUUGCACCGGCACAGCCAACGGCACUCCAUUUGCCGGUGCAACAUUGUGCAAAACUGUACCGGCCCAAAUGAUGUCCCACACCCUGUCAGGAGUGUACAACAACAUCCCCACUGCUGGGCCAAGACAGAGACACCUGCCUUUUAGGAGUCAAACGCUGCGCUCCACAGUGGCGCGUGUGCGCAAUGUUAAAACGGCGCUCCUGCUCUGUGGCAAUUUCUCUGUGGAAAUUUACAAACUUUCCCCUGCUGCAUUAGGAGGAAAACUUAACUUUCUCAGCUGUGGCAAUAGUGCAUAUAAUAGUGGUACAUAGUACAUAGUAUAUAUACAAUAGUUCAUGUCUGCAGAGCUGGAGAGCCAAGCAGAUCCACAUCUGUGACAGAUCCACAACCCUCUUUGCGCCCCUGCUGGAUGGAGUAGGUCAUUGCAUGACAGAUCCACAACCUGAAACACGUGACCCCCCCUUCUUGCUGCUUCUUUCUCGAAGUUUAUCGGCUUGAAUGCAGCAACGUCAUGAUUGAGUAUAGAACGUGAAUCACACAAGUUGUUGUCAUUAAUAAAACUGUUGUCUUGAAUUUGAUGGAGAAAUAAAUGUCAAUGUGUGACAGGCUCUGUUUAUGACAUUUUCCCUAUCCAUUUUCCAUGGUAGUCUGAAAUGCACAAUCUCAGUAAAGCUAAUGCUAACAUUAGCUUGUCAGAAGUCAGAAAUAUAUAUUGACUGACCCGUAGGCUACUAGCAUUGUAGUGGAUGAAACAGAAGUGCGAUUACUAAUAAUGUGCAUUAGAUUGCACAUGAAAAUAUACAAGAAAAAUACACACAAAGUAUCACAUUCAUCCGGCUCUGCAGACACAUACAAUCGCAUUCAGGUGGUCAAAAUAAUUGCCAAGGAAUGAAUAGUAUAAAAGUGAGGCCAACCCCUAUGAUGUUGGGAUAAUAUAAGUUGAUACUUUAGUAGAAUAAACCCGCAAUAUUAUAGUCUGACAGACAAUACAUAAAAAGAUGAUAAUAAGUAACCAUAUGUAAAAUUAAUCAAAUCUAGAUUAAUAUCUAAAUAUGUGACUGUGGGCACUUUAAAACAUAUUUCAAAUCCUUGAAAGGAAGUGGGUUGAGUCCCAAGAACUGAACACUGUCUUAACUCAAAGACUUUUAAUUUUGAUUCGAUAAUAAUAUGUGACUGCGGUCACUUGCUUAUUUAUUGACUUGUUUAUUAAAUUAAAUUUCUGGGCACAAAAACGGAUGUGGAACAGCAGUUAAAAAGAGGUUAUGGAUCUGUUUUGCAAUGACCUACACCGUCCAGCAGGGGCGCAAAGAGGGUUGUGGAUCUGCUUGGCUCUCCAGCUUUGCAGACACCCCCUACUCUCUCACACACAGGUGCGGUGCAUUCAAUCAUGUCAGAAUGCCCAUGGUGCGUUCACAAACGUAGGAAAAACAAAAACUCACCAUAAAACGUAAUAUAAUUGAAUGGUUUUUACUUGAAAACAUCGAGACAACAUGGGCUUUCUAACAGGCAUUCUAGUGCAAUGCCUUACGACAAAAUGUCAAAGAGACACACAGACCUCACAGAUGCAGUAGCUUAUUGUAUUACUAAAGACAUGCCACCCAUAAGCACUCUUAAAUUUCCUUUUUUAUAUCAUGAUAUAAAUAUCGAUGUUGACUGAUAUAAAAAAAAUAUAUCGUAAUAAACUUUUUCCCAUAUCGCCCAGCCGUACUGUCAAAUAGUAUGGGCAAAAGCUACUCAAAAGAAUAUGAAUAAACUUCAGCUGAUACAGAACAAGGCAGCACGCCUGGUUCUGCGAUGUCCAUACAACAACAGUAUAAACAACAUGCACCCCUGUCUACAGUGGUUGAAAGUAGAGGAUAAAAUCAGUGCUGCACUGCUUCUUUCAUAUGGAAAAUAUUACAGUCCAAAACUCCAUUAUACCAAUACAAUCAGCUAAAAAACAAUCAUGAUUCAUAUACAGUGGAUAUAAAAUGUUUACACACCCCUGUUCAACUGCAAGGUUUUAGUGAUGUAAGAAAAUGACAGCAAGAUAAAUAUUUUCACAACUUUUUCCACCUUUAACUUGACCUAUAACCUGUACAAUGCAAUUGUAAACAAACUGAGACCUUUAAGGGGGAAAAUAAAAAAAUAGAAAUGUUCAAAUAACCUGGUUGCAUAAAUAUGCACGCCCUUAAACUAAUACUUUGUUGUGGCACCUUUGGCUUUCUAUUACAGCACUCAGUCUCUUUGGGUAGGAGUCUAUCAGCGCGACACAUCUUGAUGUGGCAAUAUUUGCCCACUCUUCUUUGCAAAACCGCUCCAAAUCUAACAGAUUGCGAGGGCAUCUCCUGUGCACAGCCCUCUUCAGAUCACCCCACAAAUGUUUGAUGGGAUUCAGGUCUGGACUCUGGCUAGGCCUCAUUCCAUAGCCUCAAUCUUAUUCUGGUGAAGCCAUUCUUUUGUCGAUUUAGAUGUGUGGGUCAUUGUCGUGCUGAAAGAUAAAGUUCCUCUUGAUCUUCAGCUUUCUAGCAGAAGGCCAAAGGUUUUGUGCCAACACUGACUGGUAUUUGUAACUGUUCAUAAUUCCCUCCACCCUGACUAAGGCACCAGUUCCAGCUGAAGAAAAACAGCCCCAAAGCAUGAUGCUGCCACAACCAUGCUUCACUGUGGAUAUGGUGUUCUUUUGAUGAUGAGCAGCGUUGAUUUUGCGCCAAAUAUACCCUUUGCAAUGAUGCCCAAAAAGUUCAACUUUGGUUUCAUCAGACCAUAACACAUUUUCCCACAUGCAUUUGGGAGAUUUCACAUGUCUUUGCAAAAUUAAGCCGGGCUUUGAUGUUUUUUUUUUUUUUUUGUAAGAUCAGGCUUGUCUUGUCACCCUACCCCAUAGCCCAGACAUAUGAAGACAAUGGGAGAUUGUUGUCACAUGUACUACACAGCCAGUACUUGCCAGAAAUUCCUGCAGCUCCUUCAGUGUUGCUGUAGGCCUCUUGGUAGCCUCACUGACCAGUUUUCUUCUUGUCUUAUCAUCAGUUUUGGAUAGACGUUCUGUUCUUGGUAGUGUCACUGUUGUGCCAUAUUUUCUCCACUUGAUGAAGACGGUCCUUACUGGGUUCCAUUGUAUAUUUAAUUGCUUGGAAAUUCUUUUGUAGCCCUCACCUGACUGAUAUCUUUGAAUAAUGAGAUCCCUCUGAUGCUUUGGAGGCUCUCUGCGGACCAUGGCUUGUGCUAGAAGAUGUGGCUACCAAAGUGUCAGGAAAAGCCUACUAGAACAGCUGAACUUUAUUUGGGGUUGAUCAGAGGCACUUUAAUUGGUGACAGGUGUGUGCUGACUCCAAUUUAACCUGAGUUUGAAUGUUAUUGGUUAAAUCUGAACACAGCCAUAUCCCCAGUUAUUAAAGGGUGUGCACACUUAUGCAACCACAUGAUCUCAGUUGUUUAUUUUUACUUCACCUCCCUGAAAGAUUUCUGUUUGUUUUUCAAUUGUGUUGUAUAGGUAAUAGGUCACAUUAACAGCGGUGUGUAGACUUUUUAUAUCCACUUUACAUAUGUCACCAGUCAGGCAAGACUGGUUCAAGCUUUCCAAACCAAACACAAUUUUUUUUAAGUUUACAGUAGAAUACAGGCAGAUAAAAGCAUGGAACUCCUCACUACUGCCAGUAGCCAAACACACACAGAACACAACAUUUAAAAAGCAAAUUAAAAAACAGCUUGGAAUUUCAUAUCUGUAAAUAACAUACACACACAUGCACAGGCACACAAGCAUACACACACACACACACACACACACACACACACACACACAUGCAUAUGCACAUGGGAUGCUAUGUAGGCUGGUAGGUUUUCUUCUGAUCUGUUUCACUCCUUUAUUUUAUCAAUAUUUUCUUUUUAUAAUCACUGGGAAUCAGAGUGUCUAAGUCACAUCUCAUGAUGUAGAUAAUAACAUAUGUUUUGUUAAAUCUAAUUGAAGUUCCUGUUGAUCUGUCUUGUCCUUUUUCAUGUUGUGAUCGUAAAUGUAUUGUUUCAAAUGUGGACCCAAGGGAGACUAGCGAUGCUCCAGAGCACAGCUAAUGGGGAUCCUAACAAAUAAACAAAUAAAAUACUCAGACUGCAUCAGGACAGAGUCCAUUGGAUGAGUCAUGGCUUUAUCAUAAUAUAACCAGCCGCAGGCUUUUCAUUUACAUGCUCUUCAUAUUGAUUACCAAUCCUGACACUUGAGGAAAGGGAUAGUGUCAACAGCAAAUCACCCAAACAGGAACCUGCAGCGGCAGGAUGGAACGAUGUGUUUGGUCUUUUCAUUGCUUCAGUCACAGCAGCUGAGUCAUCAAUAAUACGGCUCUGUAGGUGAUCGAUGGUAACUCUGGUGCACACCGGUUGAGGGUGUGUUUCCAUAAGUCGACAGAGAUCAAUAAUUUAGAUAAAGAAACGGAAAACAUCCGAACAGCGCUGCUCCAUUGGUGUGAACUGACAUCACUGACACAUAUCAGUCAUGUGAUGAUUCACUGAUCUGCUCGGUAGUUCUGGACAGGGAAAAAGGUCUCCUGCUCUCUUCUGUGUCUCAUUUACUAUAAAUCCUCUCUGAGUGGUGUUCUGAAACUGUUGGGUAAACCUUACAGGUCUUUUCCCUUAACUUCCAUCUCGUCUGUUCUGGAAAACACCAGAAAAUCAAAGGAACCAUUUCAUUAACUAUUUUGUUGUCAAUAACAAAUAUUACCCCAGUAUCAUCUAGAAGCUGGAGAUGUUAAGUCUCUUCUACUAAAGAUCAGUUGAUGAAUAGUUCCAGGGUCUCCCUCUUCUUGUACUGAGGCCUGGUUUCAGUUCUGUCACACAGACCUUUACCCCAUGCUAUGCCCUCUCUCCCCUCUGUUCCCUCUCUCCCUUGUACUAUCUUAUAACGUGUUUGGAGCUGUAACUUAUUAUGUUGUUGUCCACAAAGAACUUGUGUAGUUGUCCAAGAAUCAGAGAAAUGAAGAGCAAGUGUUUUACUGCCUUACAUUAGUGUGUUUGGCACAUCAGUUUCAUGAUGACAAGAGCAAGUAAGUAAAUAUUUUAUUGAAGUGUCCUGCACUUGAAUGAUCAUCUACAAACAUGUUUAUAUCAUUAUUACUCAGGCUGGUACCUGUCAAACUUUCACAAAAGCAGAAUAAGUGGUAAAAAAAUUACUUAGUUAAGUGUCAGAUAGUUUGUACCCCUGUUGCUCAUCAUUUUGUAGAUACAGUGGACCACCCUGAAUCCACUAUUAAACCUACUCCUGCUCCCAAAUUCAGUUUCACAUUGAUCUAAGCUGCUUAUGAGGAAGAGAAAGAGAACUUUCUCUGGGGCAACAUAGCAGGCGGCACAGUGAUCAUUCAUUCCUGAUUGUCAUAUUUUUAUGAUCAUGAAGAGCCAAAAUGGUAAUUGAAAUUCAAAUCUAAUUAAAUACUCAGCUCUUAUCAGUUGGUUGAGUUAAACACAGCCAGGUGAAAAUGAUGGAAUGAGCAGAAAGCCUCCCCUCAUAACAAACUGCCUCUUUUGAAGCCAAGUAAUACUAUGAAUAACAAGGCUCCACAAAGGCAAUUAAAGUUACAACUCAUUUGUACAAUGCGUCAUGUAUUAAAGUAAAGCUGAGUAAUAUUCUUUGAACUGUUUCAUAUGUGUUGAACUGAGUGCAGAGUAAAGUGGUGUGAGUUUAAAUCUAACCAAGCACAACUGUCUGUCAAACUGAUCCAGCAGAUGUCCUCCAGACAUGACGAGAACAACACCAUGUGGUGAAUGAUAUUUUGAUGUUUAUGGAACAGGCUGAAAUUCAUGCUGAUGUCUUUUUCAUGAUGUCCAAAAGCAGACAAAACCAGCAGUCAGAAACAAAAUGGACUAUUUGCAUUGAGUCAUUCUUAAUGCCUGAAACCUGAGUUGGGGGUAGGUGUCAGCUGAGCAGCUGAAGAUACAGCCCUUGUGGUAUGAUCCCCCCCCUCCCCCAAUUCUUUUUAGCUGUCAAAAGUCAGGAGGAUGAGAUUUUUUAUUUUUAUUUUUGUCACAGGACACUCCUUAAGUAUAUUAGGAACAAGAUAAGUAGAGAUAAGUGGCUUUGUCCACAGGGGGCAACAUAGCACAUGAUAAACAUUUUGUUUGAAACAUGUCAAGUUGUUUGCUGUAUUUUUGUUUUUGGUGUGUUUGGUCAUGCUGGGUUUCUUCUCUUUCAGGAGCCUUUAUCAGAAUCUGACCGGAUCAGGUGAGAACCUGUUUAUUCUGCUCUCUCCAGUUCCCCCUGCUUUUUGUUUACACUCAUUUUAUAUAGUCACUUCUGCUCCUAAUAACAGAUAUAUCACCAUCAAAUGACAUUGAUAAAAAAAAACUCAUUAAAAGUGCAAUAUAUUGGUGAAUUUAAGACUAAUUACACAGCACCAGGAGUCCUCCUCAAACCUUUUCAUAGACCUCAUGACUUCCUUCAAUGAGCUCUGAGAAAAGGAGGGCCAGAAAAGACAUUCCUAAACUCCUCUGUGACCUCUGACCUGUUCUUCCUGUACCCAGAAUCCUCCAGCAACAGAAUGAAGACCUGCAGCGCCGUCUCUCUCUUACCACCCACAAGAUGGAGGCAAUGGAGGCGGAGUUUGACGGGAGCCGUCACUAUAUGGAGGCGGAGCUCAACCGGACCAGAGACGACCUAGACAAGAUGAGGGACAAAUUUCGCAGGUGAGGUUUAUUAACCCUCUGAAUCUUUUGAUGUGGACCACUAAAAACUUUGGGUUAUUUACAUAACCCUGGUUCUCUGAGGAAUAUGAGUGAGAUGUCUCACUAUGGAAUGCACACCUCCCUGCAGCUCUCAGAACCAUUCAUCUCAUUACGCCAACCCUGAUUGGCAGGUGAAUGUGUCUGUCCGCCUCAGGUAGUCCCCUCUACCUUUUAAUCCUUAUGCAGAUACCAGCACCUCAUUCAAGAUAAGCACCUCUUCUCACCCACCCAAGCAAUAAGGGUUGUCUGGUGAGACAUCUCACUCAUAGUACUCAGAGAACCAGGGGAGGAGGAAGAAGACAAACAAGAAAAAGAAGACGAAGAAUGUCGACAAGCUUCUCUAGUGUACAUCAACUCAUAGGGAAGAAUACCCUGUUCCAAUCAGAACAGCAAAAACGCUGGUGCCACAUACGGCACGGAGAUGUCCAGCAUUUAGAAACAGACAAAAGUGAGAGGCGAGGAUCCGCUCACUACAGCACAGAUGUCCUGAACAGAAACUACCCUGAAUAAAGCCCAGGAUGCCAAGUCAUGAGUCGAGUGUGCUCGCAGGCCCGCCACUCUUCACUUGCCUCUACCACCCAGUGGAACAGGCACUGCUUUGUGAUAGGUUUGCCCUUAUGGGAGUUAGCCCAAGAGACAUACAGCUGAUCGCUCCUCCUGAAACCCUCUGUCUGUUCUAUUUAUGUGCGCACUGCACAGACCUGACAUAACGCAUGCAACCGCUGCUCUUGGAGUGAGGCAGCAAAGACCACAAGGUCAACGGGAGAACAUGACCCUACCACCUUAAGCUAGGUUAGGCUUCAGAAGCAACAGCCCCAGAAAGAGCUGUGCAAAUGACAGGUGCACCGAGAGCGCAUGUGGAUGUCACUAACUCGUUUAGCUGAAGACAGAGACAGUAACAACACUGUUUUAAGAGAUGUGUGUUUCAAGUCUGCUCCCUCCAGUGGUUCAAAAGGAGGGCCCUCAGACAGAUCCCAUGCUGGUACCAGCAGUCUGGACACGGGUGUCCCCUUGAUAAAAUAGCAAAUCAGCGGAUGCUGGCUCACUGUUAGCUUCCCAAACCCCAAGUGAUAUGAAGCAAUAGCCGCCAAGUACACUUUAACCGUGGAGAAGGCUUUAUGUUUGUCAAUCAGGUCCUACAAGAAUAACGUCACUCCUACUAGACACUGUAAGAGAAUGUGGCUCUUCCUGUGACACCACUUCUCUCCACAAACACUCUCCACUUACUGUCAUACAGAGACCAAGUGAAGGAGUCUCGAGUGCAUUGUGGAACUCACACAUUGUGGGAGUUCCACAGCUGACAGAUUGAACCAUUAUCAUGUUGUGUGGGCUUGGCCCAUGGCUUGGACAGUGCUGGCCAAGCUGUGGAGAGCGGAAAGCACUGGGUUUGAUCAGGUGUGACCAACGAAGCAGGAGAGUAACCAAAGCACGUCGCGCCCCGGUGAUAGAAGAUAAAUCAAAUCUAUCUAUCAGGUUAGCUAGCUAGCCUUCAAUGCGAAAUAUGCUUUGAGUGAGAAGAGGUGUUUGAAUGAGGUGGUGCUUUCCGCAUGAGUUAUCUAAGGUAGAGUGGACUACCUGAGGCGGAUGGACACAUUCACCAGCCAUAUAGGAUUGGAAGUAUGAGAUAAAUGCUUUUGAGGGCUGCAGCGAGGUGUGCAUCACAUCGUGAGACACUGAGCGAAAUAUUAUGAAAUAGAGAUUUAAAUCUAGAUUUAACCCGUCAAUUGCAUCGAUACCCAGUGAAUGAGCCGACGCAGUCGCAUCGCGCACAUGCGCAUCGAUGCAUCGAUUAAUUUAGAUUAUUUUCCACACCCUUACUGCAGAUCUGUGGCUGUAGAUGGAGGGGUUUUUCUCUGGUAUUUCAGGCUGUCCUAUAAAUCCCAUACAGACCCAUCCGUCUGCUUUUUCUGAUCGUAGACCAUUGCCGUGUCUGAAGACACAGCUCUGGUCACAGACUCUGGGGACUUACUAUUAGAAGAAAAGAAGUCUGGGUUAUUUUGUUUUUGCUUUGUCGGUGGUCGAAAAACAAUUUAAAGAGAAAGAAACUGUAAAGAAAGGGUUAAAAACUUCAAACUGUAGGAUAAAUUACAUGGGAGGUGGUAAUCAAGGGCUGAUAGCUGCAAAGGAAAAUAUCACAGUUGUGACGGGGAAGUGAUGGGGCAGAAAAGCUCGAUCAGCUGCUUCUCUUCACCUUCAGUGCAAAUAUUCUGUUUCAUGUGAGUAAUAAAAGCUAAAUGAACUCAUUUGAAGAAGGCUUCAGAGUUGACUGAUAAUGUGAGUGCAGCUAUAACUAUGAGUGUGAUGGUUAGAGGGAGGCCUCAUACAUGGAGGCCUAAGUCCUCAUCACAGCAGUUACUGGUUUGACAACCAUGCUCUCCAUCCCUCUCUGUUCUCCCUACCUUUAAAAAAGACUGAAAAGGAAACCCCAGAAAAUGAUACUGCAUUGAGCUGAAGAAAUAUUCAGACUGCAGUAAAUGAUUUAAACAUUAAUAUUGGCUAGCAUUUGGAUUUCUUUGGUAAGUGCAGGAACCUGAAUUAAGCAGAUGUGUGACACAAGUUCCAUCCAUCCAUCCAUGAACACUUCCCUACUUCCUGCCUUCCUGUCUUCCCUCAGUCUUACCUUCUCCUACCUUCCCUUUUCUUACUCUUUCCUACCUUCCUUUCCUUCUUCAUCCCUUCCCACCUUCCUCCCCUUCUUGAUUUCUUUCCUCCUUUUGUCCUUAAUCAAUUCCCUCCUUUUUCUGUCCUUUCUUCUUUCCAUCCUGCCUUCCUUUCCCCCGCUAUCUUUACAUCCUGCAUUCUUUUGCCUCCUUUUAUCCAUUCUUCCUCCAUUUUCACCUUUCCUUUUCCUCCUCUCUUUCUACCUUCCAUCCUUUCUGCCGUUUUCCCCUCUAGCUCUGCUCAUUGUGAUCAGGUUGUUUUUUUUCUGAACAGGAGACUGCAGCUCAUUUCAAACGGUGCAGAGCCUCAUAGUCACCCUUUGAUGGAGUAAAUCUUUUGUUACAUUGGACUUGCUUCCCCCUUUGCUGGGUCAUUGUCUUUGAGCGAAAGGUCUCACCCAAUCCUCUUCACACAGCUCUGUUUUCGUUCUGCAUCACAAGUGACGUGACUUUCUGCUGACACAGCAGGUUCUGAUAGAAGCACAUUUUAGUCUCUCAGUGACCUCUUGUGAGCAAGUGAUUCUUAAUGUUGCUGGGUCUUUUUCCUGAGGAUUACCCGUUGUUUGUGGUUACCAUGGCCAUAAUGUGUCAACACAAACAUUCACCCCAUUCAGCAAAAAGCUUCAGCCCUUUUCCACAGAACACUCCCAGAGAUUUUACUUCUCUACCAAUCUGGUGUCCAGGUUUCUUCAAUUUUACAAUGGGCCAGUAGUUUGUCUUGCAAAAAACAUCAAAUUGACUAGCAGUGAGAUGCCCUGUGUGCACUCAGUUUCACUGUUGGCAUGUUGUUGAUGUUCUUAGCAUAUAGCCAGCACAUUCACCUCACAUCCUGGCCCAUUGCAUUGAGUUAAGUAAGUUAUUAAAGCAGAGGAAUACUGACAAAGUGAGAUCAAUCAAUCAAUCAACUUUUAUUUCUAUAGCACAUUUAAAAGAACCUCGGGGGUAGCAAAAGUGCUGUACAUUGAGACAUAAAAACAAAAAAAAAACAAGCAAAGAACAAGAUUAUGCAAAAAUAAAAUAAAUAUAUAAAUAAGCAGGCUCACGGCAAGUGCUAUGGUGAUAAAAAACAAAAUAACAAUACAAUGUGUUAAAAGCCACGGAGUAAAAGUGUGUUUUUAAAAGGGAUUUAAAAACAGGAAACGAGGAGGCCUGUCCAACUGUCAAGGGCAACUCAUUCCAGAGCUUGGGAGCAGCUGCGGCAAACGCUCUGUCACCUCUGAGCUUCAGCCUUGUAUUGGAGACCGUCAGUAACAGCUGAUCAGAUAAGGCUGGAGCAUCUCAGAAAUAUAAGGUGGAGCAAGAUUGUUCAGGCCUUUAAAAACAAAUAUUAAAAGCUUAAAAUUAAUUCUGUACUGUACAGGGAGCCAGUGUAAGGACUCCAGCAUGGGGGUGAUGUGCUCACGCCUGGUAUGUGGAGCAGAGUGGCCUUCUCACACUCUGAAGGAUUUUCUUCAAUAAGAUUAAAGUCUGAAUCUCUUUUACUAAGCUGCAGGAUGUUAUCACAAGAACAUUAAACAUGACUGUAGCUAGGGCUGGGCGAUAAAACAAUAACGAUAUAUUGAAAAUUAAUUUCCCUCGAUAUCAAUAUGAAAAAUGGUCAAUAUCUUUUUUCAGCAUUCUGCCAUGUUUUGGUAGACUAUACUGAUACCCAGUGAAAAGGGAAGCCGCUUCACGCUGAACCAAUCAUGAGCUGAAUUAGAACCAAGUAGCAAACAACUGGGUAGUAGCAGGCUGCAGCCACACGCAACCAUAACAGGUGAAGCUGACAGCACUGUUGGUGAGAAAAAAAGAAAAUGAGUGCUACCCCCGACAGAAAUGCAGAUGAAGGCUCAACAGAUGAUGACAUUGUCGACAACACUGGCAUGAAAAUGUCAGUGGUGUGGAGGUAUUUUGGUUUUUUGAGGUCGGACAUGAAGCAGAGUUACAAAUGAAACCAGAAUUUUCCAUACACUACAUCAGUGGUUCUUAACUGGGGUUCUAUCGAACCCUAGGGGUUCGGUGAGUCGGUCUCAGGGGUUCGGCGGAGCCUCCGCCACGGUAGCCUGGCUGGGCCAUCCUGUUGCGUCAAUCACUUGAUGUUCCUUCCCACCACAGUCUGGACUUCGGCCCAUAGAGAGCGUGUAUUCCCAAUCAGAAAAUAACCGGGCCAAUCAGAGACCGUGUUUCCACUGUUACCCAGACAACAGGGAAAGGCAGCCCCUGAUUGGUCCAUGUGUAGUGGUGACGUCUAAUACAUGCUGCAGGACUUUUCAAAGCCCCGUUCAUUCAGAACACCGUUAAUUCUGCAGUUGACUCUGCAAAGUCGGCAGAAAUCGUUUAUAUCAGCAGAAGACAUCGGAUAUAAACAAUGUCUUGAAUUUGGAAAAAAAUCAUAUUUGAUUUAUCACUAAAGAAGGGUUCGGUGAAUGUGCAUAUGAAACUGGGGGGUUCGGUACCUCAAACAAGGUUAAGAACCACUGCACUACAUAAACAGGCACAUAACCUUUUUUUUUUCUCACUGUCUAACAUUAAAUCAGAUUAAACUUUUCCUGUUUUUGGUCAAUUAGGAUUACCAAAAUUAUUUUUAUUUGCUAAAUGCCAGAAUAUUGAGAGAGAGAUUUUUUUAGACAAUUUUUUAUUACUUUCUUGAGAGUCAAAAGUUUACAUACACAAAGAUGACUAUGCCUUUAAACAGUUUGGGAAAUAUCAUGUCUUUGGAAGCCUUUAAUAGGUUUAUUGACAACAUUUGAGUUAAUUAGAGGCACACCUGUGGAUGUAUUUUAGGGCACACCUGAAACACACUGCUUCUUUGUGUAGCAUCAUGGGAAAAAUCAAAAGACAUCUGCCAAGAUAUCAGGAAAAGAAUUGUGGACCUACACAAGUCUGGUCCAUGGGAAUGUCCAGACAUCAUACCGCUGAGGGAGGAGACAGGUUUGGUGUCCCAGAGAUGAACUUGCUUUGGUCCGAAAUGUGAAUAUCAAUCCAUGAACAACAGCAAAAGCCCUUAUGAAGAUGCUGGCUGAAGCUGGUAAAAGGGUGUGAUUAUCAUCAGUGAAAGAGUCCUGUACUGACAUGGGCUGAAAGGCCACUCUUCCAGGAAGAAUCCAUGACUCUAAAAGAAACAUAAAAAGCCAGAUUACAGUUUGCAAAUGCACACAGGGACAAAGACCUUAAUUUUUGAGGACAUGUCCUGUGGUCUGAUGAAACUGAUGCGGCCUACAAACUUGGCUCAGUCACACCAGUUCUGUCAGGAGAAAUGGGCCAAAAUUCCUUCCUGAGAAGCUUGUGGAAGUAUAUCCAAAACGUUUGACCCAAGUCAUACAAUUAAAAGGCAGCUACCAAAUACUAAUGAAAUGUAUGGAAACUUUUGACUCUCGAGAAAAUGAUUUUAAAAAUUGUCUAAUAAAUUGUCGCUCUCAUUUUUUGGCAUUUAGCAUAUAAAAAUAAUUUUGAAAAUCCUUAUAGUGAGGAAAAAAGGUUAUGUGCCUUUUUUUUUAUAGUGUAUGUACACUUCUGGGGCUCUAUUAUUGUGUCCGCCGGAGAUGCGGCAGAGGGUGGCAGAACCCGUGCAGUGGUAUUUUCGUCUGGCGGAGCCCGGCUUACAGCCAGUUUGGUUGUAAGCCGCACCGAGCCGCACCGAGGUAGGGGGAGGUGUCGACAGAAUCAGCUGGCGCAGUGACAUUUUUGUGCUCGCCGCCGGCAUGUAAAGUGCGCUGAAAGCUCGCUGAUUCAAACCUGGUCAGCUUUCAGCACAGGCGGAGCGCAGCUGGUCUAGUGGUAUUUUGGUAGACUGGCGGCGAAUCGAUAUACGUCACUGAUGCCUUACUGGCAGGUUUCCAAAGUGUCAGGCACAUUUCAGUGCAAUAAAUAAUGAACAACAACUAAUAAUCUGAGUCAGCACAUACAUUUAGAUCUAUAUUGAUAUAUUCUGAUCAAUAUCUGCUCUGAUGAGCGCAUUUAGCACACGGUUGGACACUCAGCCUGACCGAAUUAACAGAGCUGAAGCCGCAUUAAAUUAAAUUAAAUAUCUAGUAAAUAGACACACAUGAUGAAGUUAACAAGAUAUUUAAUUUGUCUCCCUCGUUUUCUUUCUUCCUCUUCCUCUUAUUUCUUGCACAGCUCGACUCGGACAUGUCUCCAUGUCCUCUCGCCGUCCUGCUGCAGCUGCUGCUGCGGUGGCUGAACAGAUGAUUUAUUUUAGUGAUCAGAUGAGUUAUUCACUUUAAGCCUACAUACGAAUAUUAUAAUAUUUAGUUUUGUGAGCCAAAUUUAUUUUCUAUGCCAACAUCUAUGAAAGAAAGAGCCAGACCACGGAGCGCGAUGCGUCAUUUACACACAGAUGGUUCUGAUUUUAAUGCCAUUAUUGGAAGUUGUGAUCUGUGCGCACAACCUACCUUUGUCACGUGAGGUUUAAAUAUAUGCAACUUUAUGUGAGUGUCUUUAUUUGUGGAAAAGGGUGUUUGUCUUACCAGUGGGUCCAACUUAUACACAACAAAUCCAGAUGUGCUUAUAUAAGACAGUGUGCAGGACGCCCUCUGCAGCGUUUACAGUGACACUUGUUGAGGGGCUGCCUUCUGUCGCCAUCGUGUGGCAUUGCUGUCUUCAGACAUCUCUUGAUCUCUUUGACUACUUCACGAAAAUUGUAAUAAGCCUUGCGGAUUUAAAGGUGAGGAGAGGAGCUGAUGUUACUGGUCAAUACAGGUCUCGGCUGUGUUAAAUCCACUCCAUGCCCUCUCUCCUCCCUCCCUAUGACUUAUGCUGCUGGGAGGAGCUGAGUUAGGGAGGGGGGAUACUUACCCUGGGCUGCGCUGCUCACCAAAAUACCAAAUUGUGCUUGGGAGCGCCUUGUCGCUGCGGCGGACCUGACUUACGCUGCGCCUGCGCCACGUCGCCGGCAGGGCACGAAAAUAGAGCCCCUGGUUUCAACUGUACGUGCACUGCAAAUUACAUUGAGUACAUGUUCUCGCAAAGUUGGGAAAUACCUCAAAUCUUUUUCACCACCUGAAGCAGUGCCACGUGGCAGAGCACACGCAAUGCAAAAGUUUACAUACACAUCGAUAUUGACUGAUAUGGAAAAAAUAUAUUGUGAUAAACUUUUUCCCAUAUUGCCCAGCCCUAACUGUAGCUAAAGAUGUGUUUCCUUUAUGUACAUACUCACCUGGAUGUUAAGUUGUCAUAUCAAACUGUAGCCUGGAACACACACACACAGCUAAUUUAGUUUUUCUCAACCAAAGCAGACUGUUUGUCUGAGCUCAUUGCCCAGCUGGUGUAAGUCAGCCUCAUUCACUGUAGGGGAGUGAGUGCUGUAAUGAUGCUCUUCACCUUUACAAGAGUUCAGCAGCUACAAAGCAGAGUAGACUCCCAACUCAAAGAGACUGUGCAUUUGCUCUGAAACUUUGAAACUCUCCCUCAAACUAAGAACUGUGGACACUGUGGGUACUUUAAUAAAGCGGUUGGACACCCUUUGUUAGACUUGCCUUUGUGUGACCAGGACUUCGGCUGCUGGUGUUCUCUUUGUUGUUUAUGUUUUGUUGUCUUAUCCUUUUUAAUUGAUGACUGUAAAGCACUUUGUGACAACUGUUCUUGAAAGGUGCUCUAUAAAUAAAGUUUAUUAUUAUUAUUAUUGUGAUCUCUUCGCUGCUCACCUCAGUUGGGAGUGUUUUGUUUUCAUCUGCUGUGUUGGUAUUGCAGGAACUUCCUUUUAUAUUUAAAAAAGACAUAGUCAGCAUUAAAGAAGACAUCUCAUCUUCUUCCUGAAUGUGUGACCCAGUAAUUUCUCCCUGGCCAUUACCUGAAUCAAACAGGGUACUUUGAGCUGUGAGAGCAGGUCUGACACUGAUAAUCUGCUCUGAGAACGAUGUGAUACAGCUGUGUAAAAAGGGAAAAAUCCUGAAAAUAUCAGGGUCUACAUGUCCUAGAACUUUCAAAUAUGAUUGUUCCCAUCACUUGAUAAAAGAUGCUCCAUGAGUCAGACUGCUAACAGACUUCACUCUUUGACAGACAGACAGUAUGGAGGGUCAAGUACUGUCUACUGCUGGUCUCUCUUUAGGUGUGAUUUUAAACAUUAUACUUGAUGUGCAGUUGAGGAAGAUCUUUUUUAGAGUAGGAGCAGAGAGCCAAGCUUUAUUUAGUUUACACAGAGUCUUAAAUAUAGUUAUUACUUUCGCAUGCUUAGGCUGCACAGUGCUACAGCAGACAGUGCUGACAGUUCCUGGUAUUUGCAGGUUCUCCAAGUGAGUUUGUGAUCUCCUUCAGAUUUCUUCCAGACUCAUAAAGACAUGUUGAGUCACUGAUGACUUUAAAGUGUGGGUGUGUCUGGUAGGCUGCUGGCCUGUCCAGGGUGUACCUUGCCUCCCACCCAAUGACAGCUGGGAUAGGCUGCAUUCCCUUGCGACCCCAAGUGAAAUCCAAUAUGUGUGAAUGGAUAGACCUCAUCAUGCUCUUUGACAUGAUUGAAAUCAGCAUUAGGAGAUUGCCUCUGAGUGUCCAUGCAAAUUACAUUACUUCGUCUCUGUUUGAUGAUCUGGAUGGAUUAACCUUUUUUUUUUACCGGACGGAUUGGCGGUGGGCAAUCUACACUAGUUGGAAAGAAAGCGAUGCUCUACAUGUUUAUACAGCCUUUACAGAUUGUACCUGUGAGUUGAGUUUCUGUCUCAAAUUGUAGCCUCCUCUAAUCCAUCACCAGAGCGCUCAGGAUCCACCUGUUGCUAAAAGAACAUGCUGGAGAGUGAGGGAUGUAACAAGUAGGGGUGUGUUAGACCUUUUUGACUGAAUGGUAUUAAGUAUCAGAGCCUUCAUACCAAUACCCGGCAUUGAUUAUUGCAUCUGUUUUAAACCAUGGGCCAUAUACUAAGAUUUUUGACAUACUAAGAUUUUUAACAUAAUUCCUUUUUCUGACAACGUAAACAGAUGAUGUUUCAAUGUCUAGAACUAAAACUUACAUCAAAAAUCUUAUCUUAAUCUUAAAAGUAUUUCUAGAAAACAAAAAUACUUGAUUAACCUUCAAAUUCAGUGUUAAAGACAAAGAAAAACUCAACCGAACUUAAAAAGAACAAGCCGAAACAAAAUAAACUAAUGACAAUUUCAAAAGUAUUUCAGCAGAUUCUCAUAUUUGAUCUGCAAAUAAAGAGUAAGCUGUCAAAAAAGAGUAAAAUGUUUAUAAAAUGUGCAGAGGAUCCAAUACAACCUGUAGUUUCUAUGCUGCUCUCCCUUUUGUUUUCCAUUCAAAAACAUAUCUUUAAAAUAUUCAUCUCCCUGACUUUGUCCUCUUGCUGAAGCUUUUUUGAAUCAGACUUUCAUUCAUCCACCUCAUCACUGUGCUGCUAAGCUCACCUGUAGUCUCUUGUUUUCAGGCUACUUUUAUUUUGUUCAGGAAAAACUUUUUAAUCUUUAGCUUUGAAUGUUUCUUCAGGAAAAUAAAUCACUUUUACUUUGCUGUGUGAUGAUAACCAGCUUGGAAGUAAGAGAGGAAGUCAGUGAGUCUGUGCCUAAUGAGGCUGAAGAUUUAUCAUCAUAGUUAAGAGAAGAGUGGAGGAAAUCAGAUAUGAUUCUCAGCUUGAGACUUUUUUGUGUGUGUUUUGACCUGAAUUGUCCCCAUGAUGAGUCCCCAGCAAUGAGGCUCCAUAACUGAGAGGAGGCUUUACUUGACUGUGAUUUUACUGUGUUGCUUUGCUGAGUGCUUUGUUACGCAGACACUUGGGUAAUGCCGGUGAAAGCAGCAUUUGCUAUCAGUGCGUGUAGGCAGGUAUUAAAUUGCCAAGCGUGCAGAGAUUUUUAAAAGCAGUUGGAACACAGUCACUCUUUCUGUUGCACAGUACUUUGAAAAAACAGUGUUGCUUAACACAGAAAAAUGCUGAUUUUGCUGGCAUCAACUCUAAAGUUGAUAUUAUGCAAGGAUUGCAUAUUGUUGAUUAUGCUGUGAAUAUAGCUCAUGUUUGUGCCUCAUAUUUUCUUUUGCUUGGUCCCUGGUGGUCAGAUUUUCCAGUCCUAUCAGCUGUAGCAUGUGGUUAUGAUAAUACUCUAAAUACUCCAAAUGAUUAAAAAUGACAACAUCUUUGCAUAUCAGGACACAAGCAGUGAUACAAGAAAUGACAAACCAUGCUGAUCAGAUGCUUUCAUGGCUGCACCUGUCAAAGAUAAUGAAAAAAAUCCUAAAUUACAGCAUUUCAGAUCCAAAGCAGCCACUGGCUGUUGUUCAAUAUCUGAUGUAUAGUGCAUAUUACAGAGUCAUGCAGUUUAAUUAUGGUCUUAAUAUUUACCUUGUAUUUUUCCUGUCUUGCUUAUUUCAGAUGACUGGACACAAAUUCAAAAGUCCCUUGAGGCAUUAUUUACUGAGCAGUAUUUUUACAUCUACAUUGUUUGUCACUAAAGUUCAGCAACUUUGUUUUUCUGUCACCUACAGCCCAGCAGGUCAGUGAUCAUGCCUAGUAACCCUUUUUUCUUUCUGUUUCUCUGCAGACUUCAGAACAGCUACACAGCGUCUCAAAGAGCCAAUCAGGAUCUGGAGGAGAAGCUUCACGCUCUGGUAACCUUUUUUUACUUUUUUGAGGUAGUCUCCUGACCACUCAUAGCUUCCUCUUUGAAGUCAAUGUAGACCAGCCUCUUUAAAUGUGUCUGAGAAAUCACAUCACUGGAUCAGAAAUUUUCAUGAUGGGAUUUACUUUGACAAGAUUAAAAUAUUUCUAGGACCUUUACAAGUUAAAUUUUCCUUGUUACAUCUCAAAGUGAAACUCCAAAUAAAUGUUCGAUUCAGUUUCAACAGCCAUAAGAGAAAAAGAUGUAGCAAAACUUGUAAUUUAGUAAAAACGUCAAUUAUUCAAAUGAGGCUGGGGAUCAUUUAGCCCAUCUCUAGAGUAACUUAUUCUAACAGGUUGUAUAUGUUUUUAUACUUGCCAAAGAAAAUCUAAUUAGAAUAGGAAGAAAAAGGUGAUGAUACUGACUUAUCAAGACAGCUAUACAGUAGCACAGAGACUGCACAAUGUGGACUUGGCAGUCAAUCAACUGGUGUGACUUAUGGUCUGAUUUAUGGUACUUCUGCUGACAUAUAUUUUGUCUCUUAUAUCACAAAGUCUAUCGAUAUGAUCUAAUUGUUGCUCAAUCAUAAAAAGAUUUCCAGGGGCACUAUUUUAGUUCAGAGAAUGAACUGUGUGCUUCCUGUACAGAGGUGUCAGGAUAUACAGUGUUGGAAAAAAGUUUGGAAUAUUUGUCAAUUCAACCCCAGCCUCGUGUUUAACGCGGUCUGCUGCUUUCUGGAGAAUUAUUCUUGAGACUUUUUAAUGUUCCCUGGUCUCUGUGAUAUGUUUUUGAAAUUCACAUCAAACUAUUUUGUUUCUCAAAAAAUUGUAGGGCGGACACAUUAUGAUUCACAAAAGGCCAUAGAAAUAACGCAUAAAAUCAUGAGUCGGUAUUUAAUAAAUAAACGGCUGUAAUUUUAAAUUGCCACAAAAUACGUGGACCAUCUUUGAAAGCAACAUCAAACAUAACAAGACGAUAACAACAAUACAGUCAGUACUUUGUGUGACCGCCUCUAGCAUUGUACAAUGCGCGUACACGUCUGGGCAUGCUGGUCACUAGGUUGGUAAGAGUUUCUACUGGGAUUUCUCGCCAGCAUUGGAUCACAGCCUGAGUCAGUUCAGCCACGUUUGUUGGAGGAUCAUUCACGUUAUUCAGCCCACGUGAAACUUCAGCCCACAGGUUCUCGAUCGGGUUCAUAUCCGGGGACAUGGCUGGCCACUCCAUGUGUUCCACACCCUCUUGAUCCAGAAAAUCGCGUAUCAGCUGGGUCCUGUGAGGCGGGGCGUUGUCAUCUUGGUACACAAAGUUUGCCCCGAAGUGCUGUCUAGCAAAUGGGAGCAUUUUUCCAGAAUCCGGCAAUAGCGGUGUUGGUUCAUGUUACCAUCCAGGACAUGCAAGUCACAUUUAGCGGUACUGUGGAAUGCACCCCAAACGGUUACCCCGCCGCCCCCAGCUUGCACUCUGGGCAAUACACAACCUUCAGCCAGAGACUCAUGAGCCUGACGGCGAACCCUCACGCGGCCAUCGUGUCGGUAAAGGAGGAAACGAGACUCGUCACUGAACACCCUGUGUCGCCAAUGUCCAUCCUGCCAGUUCAGGUGGUCAUGUGCCCAGCCUAAGCGGGUUUGGCGGUGUCGUCGUUGCAGGAGAGGUUUCCAUACUGGUCUCCUCACAAAAUAACCCACGUUCAACAGUCUGUAGCGUACCAACCGGCUCGUGACAUGAGUAUUUGUGAAUCGCAUCCAUUCAUUACGCAGCUGGGUGGAAGUCUUUGUACGCCCAGUACGAGACAGCCUGUGCAGAUAACGAUCCUCCCUCACUGUGGUUUUUCGGGGACGUCCAGACCUGGGUCUAGGCGUUGGCACACCUGUCUGUCGAUGUCGCUUCAGGAUCUUGGACACUGCACCCUGCGUAAUUCCCAGAGCAGUGGCUAUGGCAUUCUGUUUGGCUCCAGCUUGGCGCAUGCCCACGAUACGGUUGCAGAUUGCGGCACUCAGUUGACGUCUCAUAGUCACAGGAACCUUGUCUAAAAAGAUCAGGAGCAAUGGGACACAGGAAACAAGUGGACACCCUUUUAUAACCAUUGUGGUGGACGCUGAUUUGUCGGUCAAAAAUGGGAGUGUCAUGUAAUCGGGCUCAUGUUAUUUUUCUCUGAUGGAGCAGACACUAAUUCUGUAUGCCCGUUGAAAGGGGAUUAUCUCAGCUACAUUUUGAGCUAAGACACGCUUCUCUAAACUCCCGUGAGCCGCGCAAAAUAAGCAUACUCUUAAGGAAUAGAAACACUGAAGAAAAUAUUCCAAACUUUUUUCCAACACUGUAGUCCCUGAAGUGGGCAGCCUGGGUUUUGGACUUUCAGAUUCCUGCUGUAACCACUGUCCUGUCUCUGAACAUAAGAUUGUAAUGCAGGUCAACACAGGUCUUUGUGGUCUUACCCCCAAAAAAUCACUGUUAAUUCAUUCAAAUGUACCUUAUCACUUCGUAAGCCUAAAUGUUUCCCUCCCUCCUCAAAUUCGUUGUCAAAUAAACCUUGGUAAUCUGACAAAUCAUUGUAAUUUACCAGCUCACAGAUUGAUUAACAGCUACACAGACUAUAGAAAGACAAUCAGGAGAGAGACAGGGUCAUAUAUUCAGUUGGGAAACAUGUUUGACAGCCCAUUAGCAUCUGAAUACAACUAAUUUUAGCAUUCAGCUGCUUCCUAGUUUACAUAAAUAUUCAACAAUUGUCAAUACAGCUGAAAAAGGACACAUAAUAAAUAUUUUUUGGAUGAAUACUUUGAGAGCAUUUGUUUUUAUAUUGGUAAACUAGAGAGUUUCAACCUUUAUUAUUACUCAGCUGAAAGAGGCUAGUAUACUGGGGUCUCUUUUUAAACCAUGACACCAACUGGGUAUCUACUUUCAAUAAAGCAACAAAUAAUACACAAUUAAAAAGAAAAGAUGAUGAAAAAAUAUCCAAAGGAUAUCUUUGUGGACUUUGGGAUCAUUUGAGCAAAGAGUUCUUCAGAUAAAGAGGUAAACUGAUUUUGCCUAUUUUGAAAAAUAAUUUGUGAUGGACCUUUGAGUUGACUGUAGUUUUCACUGAAGAAAAAGUACAGCCUCAUGUAAGGACUGUGCUGUGCAAAUACUAUAUUCACAAGUUUAUUGACAUUAGAGUUAUCAGCAUUUGAAAUACAGCACUGAAUAACUUAUUACAUGACAACUCAAUGGUGGUCAUUUUAAAAUGUUAUAAAAAUUGUGAGGUUUAAACCAUAUCAUACAUUUUAAAAACUGUUCCAUCUUCAUUUUUUUUAGAUAUUCUGUUUAAAAAAAGACUUCCAUUAAAAGAUGUAUUAAUUUGAAAAAAUAUUCAAACAUUAAAACUUGUGACUAUUAAUCAUAGACUGUAUAUAAGAUGGACAGCCUGGUUCCAGGCUCCGCCUUUAUACGGAUUUGAAGCCAAAAAGCUCUCUGUAAUUCCGGGUUUUUCUCCACUUCCUUGAAACCAGAGCUGCGCAGUAGCGUUUUUGGCUGGGCGGGAGACUCGGAGCGAUGACGCUCCGCUCAAAAAUCCUCUUCUCCGCUAGCAAACCCGAUUGGUCUUGACGAUAAACGAAAAAGAGCGACGCACAAGCGGCAAGUGCAAAGUGUAGAGAAUGACGCAAUUUCCUGUUUUUACAACUCCUAAUAACUUUUUAAAAUGGAGCUGCAGAGAGAAAAAAGACCUGAACACAAACCAGUCUAAUAAUAACAUGUCAACAUCGCAGUCGGGGGUAAGAAAAGUGUAUUUUCUGUGUAAUUAAUUUCUAAAGGCCGUCCGCCGCUCCAUUCACUUUGCUGGCAGAAGUGGGGUUUAUGACUUGUGCUGCAGCCAGGCUCUAGGGGGUGCUGUUCUCGGAGUGGCUUCACCCGGCGAGGAGACAGACGGCGUCCAUCUUAUAUACAGUCUAUGCUAUUAAUCCUUUAUAAUGCCAAGAAUAAUAAAAAUAAUAGUUAAAAAACAAUAAUAAUGUAAAGGUAACAAAAUAAUAAUUAUCAAUAUAAUAUUAAAAAUGGAUAAUGACAAUAAUGAUUAUAAUAUUAAUGAUGAUAAAAUUAUCUUAAUGAUGAUGAUAAUAAUGAUAACUAUGAUAAUAAUAAUAAUUAUGAAAUUAUUAUGAUAAUACUUACAAUACUUUAAUAAAAAUAUUAAAAUAAUGAUCAUAAUAUUGAUUAUAACAAUACAAUGAUGAUAAGCAUGCACAUUAUGAUGAUAAUCAUGAUGACAGUGAUGAUAAUAAAAUAAAACUGAUAAAAAUAAUCAAAAUAAAAUAAUAAUAAAAAUAAUGAUAAAGACAAUAAUAAUAAUUAUUAUAAUAUUGAUUAUGAUGACAAUUUUUAUAAUAUGAUAAUAAUCAUUAUAAAGAAUUGAAUAAUUGAAAUAAUAAUAAUCAUAAUGAUCAGAAAUAUAAUGAUAUUGAUGAUAUUUAUAAUUAAAUUGAUGAAAAUACUAAUGAUUGAAUGGAUACCAAUAAUAAUUAUAAUGAUGAUUAUGAUAAUAAUAUAAUCAUGAUAAUAACUAUAACAAUGUUGAUAAAAAAAAACACAAAUAGGGAAGAGAAAAAAAAAACAAAUACGUAAAAAAAUAAAUAAAUAAUUGCGAUUCAGGACAGGACAGGGGGACAGUGGAGGACUUGCAGACAAGUAGUUUGAACAAAAGCAUAAAUUUAUAUGACCUAAAUUUAAAAUGAAUUGUGUUAGAAAAUGUGAAAUUGUCUUUAAAGUUUUGUUUCCGGAAGUGAUUAAAAAGAUGUCACUCACCCUGCAUGCCUUAUCUGCUCAGGUAGGUGGUUUGCAAAUUUUCCCACCGUGGGAUAAAUAAAGGUUCAUCUCUUAUCUCAUAAAGCUCUGAUAGAAAAACACAAUCUUAUUUAGAUUUGAGCCUUGACUUUAACAACCAGCAGUGCGCCACCUAAGGAUCUAAGGCUGCAAGUCGACUUGAAUGGUGUCGACAUUUCUGCAACGUCAUCAGUUAAAUCUUAAAAUCAAUUGUAAAACUCACAGGGAGGGAAGUGAGGACAGGAGUGAUGUUGAAAGCAGGUUUCCAGCACCAAUAUCACAGGAGCAGGUGCAUGCUAAAGAGCUGAAAAUGACAGAGCCAAGAUUAGAUGAGGGUGAAAGCUCUCACAGCAAAGCAGUCAAAACUCUUCAUUUCUGUGUGUCUGGAGGAGGAACAGGGUUUAUAAUUCCUCUACAGUCAUAAUGGUCAUAGACUUCCGUAGAUCCAAACCCCCUCUUCAGCCAGUGAACACCUGUGGAGUGGACGUCGAAGUGGUGACAUCAUAUAAAUACCUAGGUGUACAUCUGGAUAAUAAGUUGGACUGGUCUAAGAAUAUAGACUUCAUCUACAGAAAGGGGCAGAGCUGCCUCUUUUGCCUGAGAAGACUCUGAUCAAUAGACAUCUGUAGUAAGACGCUGCAGAUGUUUUAUCAGUCUGUGGUGGCAAGUGUGCUGUUCUACGCUGCAGUCUGCUGGGGAGGAAGUAUCAAACAAAGAUGCAAGACGUCUGAAAAAACUGGUGAAAAAGGCUGGCUCUGUGGUAGGACUCAAGCUGGACUCAGUGGAGGAUGUGGUGGAGAGAUCUACACUGAGGAAGGUGGAGACUGUUCUCAAGAACAUGUAUCACCCACUUCACAACACCUUGAUGGACCAAAGGGCAAAUGGUGGUGGAUGGCUCCUCUCUCUUCGCUGCAGGACAGAAAGAUUUAGAAGAUCUUUUGUACCCACAGCCAUCAGGCUUAAUAACUCUCAUGUAAAUAAUAGAUAACUUUUAUAGACAUAUUACGUGAGACAACAGACAAUUGAAUCAAUAAAGUUCUUCUUAUUCUUAUAGCAAGUGUUUGUGUCUGUGUGUAUCCCAGUGUGUGUGUGUGUGUGUGUGUGUGGGGGGGGGGGGGGGGGGGGCUCAUCGAUGACACUUUCAAUAACUGCUCAAUGGCUGAAUGAAAACACCCUCUAAGGCUGUUUAUCGAUUGACUGUGGAAAACUGGAGUUGACGGACAGCAGGGUGGUUGCCACUGGUGAUAGAUCAGGAGGUCAGAAGUCGCUGAGAGGCAGUUUAUAAAAAAGCAGUUCAGAAAGCUUCACUGUACAGUUUCUUUGGUUAGUUCAGGAAGAUUAUUUUAAGCCAAAAGUGUGGACUCUUUCAGACUCUUCUAACUUUUGGACAAGGUGUUUCCGAUCACUUCAGGACGAUGUGAAAACUGCUCUGUAUGAGAUCAAACUCAUUUUUUUCAGAUGGUGCAGCAUUUCUCUUGUUCUCUGGCUUUGUAUUUGCUUUGUCUGAUGUUGUUCUUCAUCUCUGUAUUUUCUCUCUGUCUUUUUUCUCCUCUCCUCUCAUGCUGCUCUGUGAUGGAUUGACUCAUCUUCAUCAUAAUCAUCAUCAUCAUCACCUUCAUCAGGCUGCAGUCAGUCAGACAUGGGUUCAUGCAGUUGCGUUUCAUUUCGUUUUCUUCCUCCUCAUCCUCACCCUCUGUCUUACAUUUUUCUGUCCUUCUCCUUAGUUUUCCCCGACUUUGGUGUCUUUUUCUGUUGAAAGUGUUGCAGCACCUAAUUGUAACAACAUUAAUAUUUAUUUUUAUGUUUUUAAUCUGCUCCAGGCAGACAGAGACAUGAUCAGUAUGAAAAUCUGUGGCUCACUGAGUUUAUCAAGCUUUGGUGUCAAUUCUAUGUGAAUUAAUCACUCCCAUAAAUUAAAACUCGUAACAAAAUACUGAAAACCAAAGGAGGAGUCAUAGUUUUGACAUCCAAAGUCCAAGUUAUGAGAUAAAAGUUAAACUUCAAAGAGUUUUAUGUAUUAAAGCAAUAUAUUUUUCCUCAUGAUUUCAGGUCUUUUUUAACUCGAAAGUUUUCUGUCAUGAGGUUUGAUGACAGAUUUUGCCUGUAUCAAACAUUGUCAGGUCAGAGGCUGAGUGAAAUGUCGUUAAAAACAGGAUUUUAUGGUUUACAAAUCUUUUGAAAGCAUUAUUGAGUUAUAGUCAAUGUAAAGACACGGAACGAUGGGUUGGAACUGAAAAAAAAAGUUUAGAAGAAAAAGGUUUCAGCUACUCAAGACUUGACAGCCCCCUUUGUCUGUAAAUUGAAUUUUAAUCAAGUUUAGUAGUGUCACUGGGUGAUAUAUUUUGAUUGCAGGCCAGCUUAGCAACAGGACUCUUCUACUUCAGAGCCAUGCUGUUGUAAUAUAAAUAUGAAGCUCUUCCCUGACAAAGUCUUUGUCUGGAUGGCAGCCGAUGUAGAUAUUGUUCAGUAUAGUUGCAGCAUUAAUGGGGCCUUCACUGAUGUGGAAGAUCCAAGACCCAUGACAAGGAUGUAUCCUCAGUGCUGAACGUUGAAUGAAAUGCUUUAUGCUGAUUCUGGGUGCUUCCUCUCCCUUUCCUUUCAGUCUAUCCUAAAUGGACUCAGGCCCAGAGAAGUCUGGCAGAUUCUGAAUCAUGUGUAUAUGUUCCUUCCUCUUUGCAUGGUUCAGUUUUAACCUGCAUUUAGAUGAGAUGGCAAGUUAGUCUACAGACAUUGGGCUUUAAAGGUGAUUUUUUUUUGCCCAUGCAGUGAUUUCCACAAAAGUAUUUUUUUAAUGCAGUGAUGCCUGAGGGCUUUGUGAAGAUCACAUCCAUCCAGCCUUGGUUUUGGUCCUUGUCCCUUUUGUACACCGAUUUCUCCAAAUCCUCUGACUCUUUUCAUGAUAUUUUGUACUGUAGAUGAUGAAAUCCAUUCAUUAUCUACCUUACAGAGCAAUAUUCAUUAAUGUUGAAUGAUUAGCUCAUGCAGUCUCUCACAGGGUCUAAAACCACUUCCCACCUGUUCUUCUGAGAGACUCUUUGGAGUGCCCUUUUAUGCCCACUCAUGUUACUCACCUGGUGGAAAUUGACCCUACAAGUUUGCAAAUGUUCCUCCAGAUGUUCCAACAUUUCUGAAAUGUGUUGCUGUCAUCAGAUCUAAAAGGAACAUAUAUUUUUUAUGAAACUUUUUUUUUCAGUUUCAACAUUUGAGGUCAUUUUUGCACCAUUUUCAAUAAAACAUGGGAUGUAAAGGGUUUACAAACAUCACAAUCUGUUUUUGUCUAUGUUUGAAACACCUCCUAUGCCCGCUUUUUUUGUAUUGAGGGUUAUGUUUAGAUGUACUGUUACAGAUCUGUCUCAUUCUGCUAACUCAGCUUCUUCUUUUGUGUGCAGGUCCAUAAAAAAAUGUUCAUGGAUUGCCAGUUUUGGUUCACAUGGCAUUGGUUCUGUCUGGAACCACUGAAUUGAAUCUGUAGGAAAGUUUCUCUUAGAUGACUUUUAAGUUAUAUUACUGCCACAUGAAUGAAGGAAUUUAAGAUAGUCAAAGUCCCUCCCUCCUGAAUUAUGAACUGCAGUGGUUCAGUCAAGUGUUUUGGACACAGCCAGUGUGUGUUAGCUGAUCACUCUGACAAAGACUCCUAAAACUACAGAACCCAAGUGAAGUAUUGAACAGCACAUUGUGAGCUACAUCUACUCUUGCAGUCAAAAGUUAUUUGAGGUACUGCCCCACUGCCUCUGCCAGUAUUCACUAGUUAGAUAUUGACUGGUUGAAGAAUUUUAAUGCAGGCCUCAAGCUGAAUUUGUGAGUUUGAAAGGAUAUGCCGAGCUCAUGUAAUGAUAGAUAAUGUGAUGAAAGUUUUGAUAGUGCCAGAAAUAAUGUUGUAUUUGCUUGACUCCAGUCGCUGCACAUUUGUGAAGCAUUUAAGUGCAGUAAUAUUUCCUGAUCAGUUGUAUUGAUCAGUGAAAACAGAACAAUGGUAACAAGAGUCUGACUUUAUGUGAGCUUUUUAAGCUUAUGUUGGCUGCUUGCUUCUUUUUCACCGCUCUGUGAGGAACUCCGUUAAAACAUUUCAGCUUCAGCGCUUCGAUCAAGAUCCUAUGGGAUAUCUCUGAUCUUGCAGCAGCAGCCACAUUGCCACUUCCCAUAAUGCAUCUUUAGCUGCUGCUAGUUAAUGCAGCAUUCAAAUGAUCUGGGAAAUGUGAAAUAAACCCUGAAAAUAAGUCAGAGCCCAGCUAAGGAAUGUGUAAACUCUGAAGUUAAUUAUUAAAUAAAGCUUAUAGGAUAAACCUCUGGAUACAUUUAAGACUGUAACUAAUAGGAACUGAAGUGCACAGAUCCAAACUAUCUAAACAAAAAUGAAUGUUCAUUCCCACAUGAUCUGAAUGUAGAUCCACCUCCUGCCUGAUCCUGAUUGGCUCUGUCACUCUGGUUGACAAAGUUUGUAACAUGUACCCGCUUUUCCAACAGUUACGGAAGGUGGAAAGGGACAAAAAGACAAUGGACCAGGAGAUUGUGGAGCUCACCAACAAACUGCUGGAUGCCAAGAACACAAUUGACCGCCUGGAGGAGCUCAAUGUAAGUAAAAACUGAUUGUUGUGGCCCAUGUUUUGCAUUGCUUCAACAUCGGAAAUGCUAUGUGUCUUCGAAGCAGGGUUUUGUAUUCAGGUGCAAAGAACCUCUUAAAUGUGGCCUCUGUGUAGGACCUGUAGCCUCUUAGUUUCUAAAUGUGUUAUCCAUGCAGAGCUCAGGGGUCCAUGAUGAUGAUACAUUACCCUGAUUCUCUGAGGGGGGAGAGUAAACGCUGAUGCAGAUAGAUUCAGGGGAGCCGGUUUUUGACUUGCACAGUUUUCCUUUGAACAGCCUGCUGCUAUGUUGUGUAGGGAUCAACAAUACUUGUGCAUAUUUGUGUUUUGUUGUAGGGAUGUUGAGGAUGUCACACACACACACACACACACACACACACAUAUAUAUAUAUAUAUACUGUAUAUAUAUAUAUAUAUAUAUACUGUAUAUAUAUAUAUAUAUAUAUAUAUAUAUAUAUAUGAAUUGUCUUAAACGUCACAUUUAUACAGUUACAUUGACUUGUUGUCUGAACGGGGAAAGCUUUUGUUUGUUGUACUGCCACCAUGGGAUGCCUAUAUUAGACCCAUCAGCUAUUGAUUUAUACAUGCUACAUGCUAUAUGAUCAUGGCCCAUCUCUCUGUAUAUCCACUGUUGGCUGUGUUAAGCUGUAAACGAUUUGAAGCGAAGACCUCCUUUCCUGUGCACUGUCAUUGUUCACAGUUCACUUAUCACCCAGGUGUUCAAAUCCAAAGUCAAGUGAGAAAUGUUAGUUUCUGAUUAGUCUCAGUUUCACUUUAAAUAAUUCACUCCGACAGCUUAAAGAGUAAGAAACAACAAAAUAUCUGAUUUUCUUGGGAUUUUGCAAGUAACAAGUCUUCAACUUUCUCAACUUACAGAAUCCUAAUGUAUACUUAUAAAACAUCAAGGUAUGUUAGCGACAGUAAAGACGUUUUAAAAAAUGCUUUUUAGUCAGAUGGAGUUCAGAUUAGUCAUUCCUGAGGCAUUCUGAGAAAUCUGGAAAACUAAGUGCUGUGUAACACUCGCAGCAUAGUGUAAGGAAGAUUUUAUCCUCAUGUUUGGAUUUGGAUCUGGAGGAGAGCGUUUGCUGUUUAUGAAAAGUUGUCUGCCAUGGGGAACAGGAUAUCCUGAUGAUGGAUGGCUUUCUUUUCUGACUAUUUAUGCAGUGAAAACAGAAUCCUGCUGAGACAUGAUUGGUUAUAACACGAUUGGUGGACUGUAAAUGUUCUUCUAAUGAAUAUGAAAACACCUACAUCGUAGGAACCCAGGCCCUUGAGUACAAAUGUCUACAUUUUCACACAGACUCUGUAAGUAGAGUUCAUGGGGAUGCUAAAGGAGGAGGACAUAUUCACUACUACCUCCUCCCAGCCUUCUGUUCCUCAGGGAGACUUACUGUUGGAGCCCUAAAUGGUCCAAAAUAUACAGCCUGAGGCAGAUCCCUCGUUAUCCCUUAUACACAUUCACCUUGUAAGUGGUAGAUUGAUGAUAUGCCUCAUUUUGUCAGACAGUGCACAGCUGUCAGACCCACAGACUUAUCUAUACAGACUCAUAUGCUGACAGAAGAGAAUAAAGCAAAUUAAAAUAAAUCAUGUUUCCUACAAUCCUCCUUUUUUAUGCUAAUUGAGGAAACGUCAUUCUUGGUCUUGUAUAUAUUACAGAUCUAAAUAAUUGAUGGACUGAAACUUUUGCCUAUAUGUAAACAGCUGCAGAGUCUUCCUUUAUUUCUUCUGUGGUGGGGUUGAUGCCAAGUGGAUUUUUGUAAUCUGAACACCGCUGUAUUUCUAAACAUGGCCUGUGUGUGAUCUGUGUACACAGGAACAAAUGGAGAGAAAUAACACGAACCAAUUAAGCCAUUAAUUUGGCUUUUAACUAAUGUUUAAUUCUUAUCUAUAUUUUCAUCGAAUUUAUUUUAUUUAUAUAUUUUAGUCCUCAUUUACAUGUUAUGUUUACUCUAUUUAUUUAUUUAUUUUUAAAUUAUAUUUUAGCUGUUUAUUGGUAUUUUUUAAUUUCAUUUACUUUGAUGCUCUUAGCCGAUGUAGUUUAUGUAGUUGUUAUCCGUUUCUUCAGUGUUUCCUCAGUGGGGGCCACCUGCACUGGAGCUUGUGACUGGCUCUGUCUGGGAUUUUCUGCCUUGUGGUGUGCACUCAGCUCGGCCAGGUGGCGGUCUGCAGCAAUUCUUGCUGUGGGCCCCUUACUGGCCUGUAGCGGGGUGUGUGCCCAGGUGGAAAUGUCCCAGCCCUGGGCAGUGAGCAGCCCCCAGUGCAGUCGGCCUCCUGACGUUUCCUGACCUGGCCCCUCUGUACUCAGCUUUUAAGAUUGCAUUAUUUGUGCGUGUGUGUGUUCGUGCGUGUGCGUGCGUAUGUGUAUGUGUAUGUGUAUGUGCUGGGUGGGGGGGGGUGGGGGUAGUGGGGUGAAAAGCACUCUGUGCUGCAUCUUUUGUAUGAAAAGUGCUUUAGAAAAGUUUAUUAUUAUUAUUAUUAUUAUUAUUAUUAUUAUUAUUAUUAUGCUCUCCUUUAGGAUCCCCUGACUUUUGAAUAAAUGAAACAUGAAUGCUUUGACUUGAGUCCAGCCCAAAACAGAUGUUAAUAGUGUACUGAAUGAAACCUUGUUGGACCCAGACAGCAUGUGGUUUAACAACCAUUAAUUCACUCACUGCCUGUGCUUUAAACCAUGUGUUGUUGAUAGUAUGAAUUCAGCGCAUUCCCAUCAUUUUCUCCUCUUCUGCUCGUCAUAUGAAAACUGACAAGCAUUGACCUUUACAAUGUUUAUUUUUGAACCAACACUCUGCAUUCACUUUUUCAUUCAUUGACGGUGUUUGUUCUUCUGUACCUACAGGCUCUUUUACAGCUUUCAUUUUAUACCUAAUGGCCGACUCUUCAACAGCUCACAGUGCACAGAACUUUUUCACUGAAGUUUUAUCAGCUUUAUUCAGAGAUCCUGGAAAUCAGUCAUUGCUGUGGGUGCAGGGACAAGAUAAGAUAAGAAGAUAAGAAGAACUUUAUUAAUCACAGAAGGGAAAUUUUUUUGUCUGAAGUCUCAUCUCAUCUACUAGAUAAUAGAAGAGUUAUAAAGCCUGAUGGCUGUUGGUACAAAAGAUCUUCUGAAUUUUUCUGUCCUGCAGCGAAGAGAGAGGAGCCAUCCACCACCAUUUGCCCUUUGGUCAAUUAAGGUGUUGUGAAGUGGGUGAUCCAUGUUCUUUAGAAUAGACUCCACCUUCCUCAGUGUAGAUCUCUCCACCACAUCCUCCACUGAGUCCAGCUUGAGUCUAACCACAGAGCCAUCCUUUUUCACCAGUUUGUUCAGACGUCUUACAUCUUUGUUUGAUACUUCCUCCCCAGCAGACUGCAGCGUAGAACAGAACACUUGCCACCACAGACUGAUAAAACAUCUGUAGCAUCUUACUACAGAUGUCUAUUGAUCAGAGUCUUCUCAGGCAAAAGAGGCGGCUCUGCCCCUUUCUGUAGAUGAAGUCUACGUUCUUAGACCAGUCCAACUUAUUAUCCAGAUGUACACCUAGGUAUUUAUAUGAUGUCACCACUUAAAUGUCCAUGUGGAAGUCUAUGACCAUCUCCUUUGUCUUUGAGGUGUUGAGGAGGAGGCAGUUUUUGUGACUCGAGUCACUGAAGGCUCUUAUCAGAUCUCUGUAUUCAGCUUCUUGUCCAUUUCUGAUACAUGCCACAAUAGCAGUGUCAUCUGAGUAUUUCUGUAUGUGGCAGGACUCAGUACUGUAUUUGAAGUCUGACGUAUACAGUGUUAACAGGAAUGGUGCAGGCACUGUCCCUUGUGGAGCCCCUGUACUGCUCAUCAAUGUCCCAGAAACACAAUUCCCCAGCCUGACAAACUGUGGCCUUCCUGUCAGGUAAUCUGUGAUCCAGGAAACACAGGAAGGAUCCACUCCCAUCUCUGUGAGCUUGUCUUUGAGUAUGGAGGGUUGGAUGGUGUUGAAUGCACUUGAAAAGUCAAAGAACAUGAUCCUCACAUAAACCCCAGGUUCCUCCAGAUGAGACAGGGCACAGUGAAACAUGUAGAGGAUGGCAGUAGUUGUAUAUGGUGACACUUUAUGCUCUACAAAUUAAGUUGAUUAAUUUGACUACUCAUUUUAACAUGCCAUCACAUUUUAUUCAAUCUGAGACUAUUUCAUUUUCAAUCUUCCAAAAACAUGAUUUUAUUUGAAAGGAGUUCAAACUGUGACGGCCCUGCUGCAGUUACUCUUCUGCUUGGCUCUGCCUAACCUGUCCUGUCUCCUCCCCCUUGUUGCAGAGAUACCUGAGUUCUGCUCAUGACAAUGAUUUGGAUCACCUGGGUCUGGCCCUGGCAGGGUUAAAAGCCCAACCCUAAUGCUGCCUACUCUCUCUCUCUCACUCUGCCACCUCCAUCCCAGCCUUCACUUGUAUAUUCUGUAUUUGUUUGUUUUGCUUGACAACACCCUACACUUCAACUUAACACACAUGCAUUGACACCACUGACUGAAUGGACUGACACAUGCCAUAUUUUGCUGUUGAUUAUUCAUUUGGUUCACUUAUUUUGCAAUAAACCAGCCACCUUUUUUCAAGUAUUCUUGGUGUCCUUACCACAUUUGUCAUGGCCCUUGAGCCAGGUUAUGCCAUCCACCUUUUCCCUCAUUUUUUGCUAGGUAAAAUUACAUUGUUUGGCUCAGUUUAGUGUUGCCUAGUUGAUGGUUUGUUUGCUUGGUACUCAUGUUUUGUAACUUUCUGGAUCCGGUGCACAUUUGUUUUAAACGGUCUGUGUGCGCACCUAGCAUCUCUGUUCUGCCUACCUGUGCUGCGGAGUUUGUUUGCGCGUGCAUGUGUAGGAUUUGUUUGGAAGGGAAGGACAGCGCGUUUGGGAUGUCUUUUUCAGGGUAAGUCUUGUUUUUCUAAGAUAACUAAGUUUGCUCUUACCUUGCUUCUGUUAAGGGAGCUUCAGCUUUUUGUUUAUGCUGUUUCGGUUGGGCCAGCAGCCACUGGACAGUCACUGUGCGUAAUUUUGCCCAUUUGCAGUGAUUUGGUGUUUUCACCUGUCAGGCUGUAGCAGCAUUCCCCCUUGGGUUCAAUUAUUGGGGUUGGUAGUGUUGUGGUUCAUGUGGUUGAAGCUUUGCUCAGGAGCAUGGCUGUGGUCUUGGUGGGGUUGCUAGCAUGCUAGUCACUUUGCCUGGCCAGUGGUCAAGAGUGCAUAAAUACCUGCCGCAAGUCACUGCAUGAAGACAAGGAGGGAGUUUAGGUAGGUGAAUUUUGUGUUAUAGAUAGUGGGGAGAAUCAACGCCAGGGUAAGGAUCACUCCUCUAAUUGCGCACAGGUGUCUGUCUUGGUGUCUUCUUGUUCCCGUGCGUAAAGUUGGUCGAUUCAGGGUUCUCAUGGUAAUUUGUAUUUCAUUAUGUCUGAUAUCAAGGAUUUUCUUGCAGAGCCCUCCCUUGAAAGUGUACUACCUUGCUUUAUUUGGUGAAUUUAUUUUCAGCCAAACUCUUUCAUAAAAACAAGAUUUUAAAAGUUUAAAUCAGUCAGUUUCAAAAAGUUGGUCGUGAAAGGUUGGGUUUUUUUGGUGCACAGCUUUAUCAUAGACUGAAAUCCUCACUUUUUUUAUAAUCUCAAACCUUCAGUUAAGUAUCUGUCUGCUUUCUGCAUGUACUCCAGUUGUUUUAUUAUCUGACCACUGGAUACAUUUCUCCAAUAAUGAUAACUCACAUACUUCAGCACUAUAAUCUCUGUGAUAUUUCAGUCUGUCCCGGUGCAUCAGAAUAUAAGAAUGGCCAGGUUAUGAAAAUGCCAAAUUUGGCUUUAUUAAGCUUCCAAAAAAAGACACAACCGUCACUUAGCAGCUUGAGGAGAAACAACUGAGGUGCAUUAAGUCUUCAACACUGAGGUUAGCAUGGCUGACAGCAGCGUGCAGUGACUUUGACAGUCUAAUCUUUAAACAUAUUUCUGUUACACGAAAACACUAACAUUUGAAGAAAGAUACAUAUUACAGACUGAUUAAAAACUGUCAUGCCAGGCACUGCAAGUGAAAUGUGGAACACAGACCUGCUGCUGCUGCUGCUGCUGCUGCUGCAGUUGCAGUGUGUCACUAAGCAGCAGGUUUCAUCUGGAGGUUGUGUCCAGCCUGUUUGGUUACCGUGGUAACAGUCUUCCUGCAGAAGGCGGCGACCACCUUCUAUUUCUAUUCUCUUCUCUAUGUGUUGUGGUCAUGUUAAAAAAACCCUGCUUCCAUGUUUUGGGACCAAAACCUCAUGUUUAUCUUGUUGAUGAGCUGCAGAGAGGGGAUCAGUUUCCUACUGGUUGCAUUUGCUCUAUCCUUUACAUUAUUAGUCCUUACACCUGCUGUCAGAGGGGUCAGGCCUGCUUCAGACUGAGUGAGAUUUAGUCAUUGACUCAGGGACAUUUAAAUCAAAUUGUUCUUUUUUGCUCUCUUUUUUUCAAAGUGAAUUUCCUCCUGAUGAGUUGUUGGCUCAGGUAGUCUUAGUGCUGUCCUCUGAUUGGCCCUCACAAUCUCAGGUCAGAGUCAGUCUGGUAUUUUAUGGAUGAAUGUGUAGGUGACAGAUCAUCAGGAAGAGUGUACAGCAUGUUCAUGUUUGUGUGACUGUGGUGUCUCUUUCUCCUCAGGAGCGCUACAGGCAGGACUGUAACUUGGCCGUUCAGCUGCUCAAAUGCAACAAGUCACAUUUCAGGAACCACAAGUUUGCUGAUGUGAGUAACCUGGCACGUUUAACUUUAUCAUGACUUUGUUAACACUGGGUCACAAUCUGUCUGUAGAUUUACACACUGAAGUCUUUGAUACUAAAAACCUGAUCCCCGAUCAUGAACACCAUGUACACGCUUCAAUGUUUUUUAUUUCCUGGAGGGAACCCUCCCAAAAAGAUAAAUAAAGGUGUAUCUAAUCUCUUAUCUAAUCUAAUCAAUAGGACUGAAACUGGUCCAAGUGGUCUGUGCAGGCUCCAGUGGUUGCACGCCAGACUUUGGUCCUGAACUUUAAUAGCAUGGAUGAGUUACUAGGACACUGAGUAGUAAACGAGUUAACUGUGUAUGUUCACAUUCUGAGAGGCAGGUGUAGUUUUGUUUGCCAGAGCUUCUCAAAUACUGAUGGAGGCCAGAUGACCCUUAACGUUCCUCUUGAGAACAGUUCACACACAAAUUCAUUCUGCUCGUCGCUGUGAGACGCACAGCAUCAUGCUGUUGUGUGUGUGUGUGUGUGUGUGUGUGCGUGCGUGCGUGCGUGCGUGCGUGCGUGCGUGCGUGCGUGUGUGUGUUGCAGCUACCCUACGAGCUGCAGGACAUGCUGAACAAACACAUGAAGAGCAGCCUGCCUGAGCGGGGCCCUGGCCCUGGCCCUGGCCCUGGCCCUGGCCCUCAGGACCCAGACACCCUCAGUUUGACCCCCGCAGAUGUUGUGCCGACUUCAGUCAUCGCUCGAGUCUUGGAGAAACCUGAGCCGCUGGUCCUGAACUCCGCCCAGUCCAGCAGUUGUGGCCGACCUGUCGCUGAGGACGUCUUUGUGCACGUGGACAUGACCAGUCCUGUAGGGGCCGAGGGCCACAGUCGAGAGAAUGGGGGAAAUAGUCAAGGGGCUCAGCAGAACGGCUCCUGUCGCAAUCAGAGCAGUCUGGAUGGGCAGGUGGCUGGUGAGGAGGUGGGCGGGGCUCCGUCAUUUGAGAAGCUGAACCCAUACCCGGCCCCGCCACCCCCCCAUCCCCUUUACCCUGGACGCAAAGUCAUUGAGUUCUCCUCAGAUGACAAAGUAAAGAUCCCCAAAAACUCUCCACUACCCAACUGCACCUAUGCCACACGGCAGGCCAUCUCCCUGAGCCUGGUCCAGAACGAUGACGAGCGGCUGGCCACAGGUAGCCCUGCCCCCUCUUCCUCCUCUGGAGGAGGGGCCCACCAGCGCACGCCACCAUCACAAAGGGACGCCACCAGUGAUCCACUGUCCAGUCAGUCCAGCCCUUUCAGCAGCCCACCACAGGUAACUGACCUCCAAUCAGAAUAUGCUUAUCUGAUAGUUGACGCUUUCUUCCAGCACUCCUGCUCCACAAUCAUAACUCCAAUGAUGGCUGGGACUCUUCACAAACAGAAUUAGAAGAGUUUUUUCAAAUUGAAUAUAAUGCAAAGACAUGGACCAAACACACAUAUCAAAUGUUGAUGCUAAAAAAAAUUUGAUAGUCUUUUCCAAAGACCUACUCUGACUUUGACUUUGUUAUAUUACCAUGUUUCAGAGCUGUUGGAACUGGGUGAUAGAACUGGGUGAUGGAACUGGAUAUCUUGUAUUGCUUCCCUUUUCCUUUAUUUCCACUCUGAUAAAGUUUGGGAAACAAGCCAACUGGUCUCUGGAAUUUCUAAACUACUCAGAAAAACUAAUGCUUUCAGAUUAGUUUUGGGGGCUCUUUGGCCUUUCUUGACAGGGAAUGUGUUACAGGAGGAUAUCUUAAACCAAAGAAGUGAUAGACCAGCAAAAAGCCUUGGAUGAUAACCAAGGCUGAUUUUUAUCUGUACCAGAGUUUAAUUUUAUACAAACGGGAGAAAAAUCUAUUAAAUGAGCUCAUUUGGCUCUGUUGCUUGUGUGUCUCUUACUCUGGGUCUGUCUUCACUCUCUCCUCUGCCUCACCCCGUGUCUCACCCAUGGGCUGAGGUUGGAAAUCAUUCCUGUGACCAGUGCAGUGAAGAUCAUAGUCUCUGUACAAGGGUUGGGCUCCUAAACAGCUCGGUCAACUGCGCUCCAAGUGUUGACUCAUUCUUGCUUUGUAUAGAAUUUCAGGUGCUCAUCAGUUCAGGGGUCCUUUGCUAUUUUAUGGUGUCAUGAUGCACCAAAAGUUUUCACUCAGUUCAAGUCAGGACUGCAGGUAGACCAGUUCCCCAGCAGGACUCUUCCACUAAAGAGCCAUGUUGUUGUAAUCCCUGUUGUUAGAAUGUGGUUUGUCAUUGUUUUGCUGAAAUAUGAAGGUCUUCCCUAAAAAGGUCUUUGUCUGGAUGGAAGCAGAUGUUGCUCCUAAACCUAUAGAUAUUGUUCAGCAUUAAAGGUGGGGUAGGCAGGAUCUGAGGAAGUGCCAGUUUUGGGGAGAAAUCUUGAAUGUAGACACUACCCCUCCCAACCAGUUUUCCCCUCAGCUCCUCCUCUCCCCUCCCUCUCUACUCCAGCCAGCCCCGCCCACAAACAGACCCUCGUCAUCACUCGUAUUGUUUCGAUUAAAUUCAGAUAUAAUGCAGAUAAAUACUUCAGAUAAUUACAAAUGGGGCCCAGUCAAUGUGAAAGUAAACAACAGUGGUGCUACUGUAGAUGCCAGCAGACUACCAGCAAACACAAUGUUUGCAGGACUUCUACAAUUAGGAUAAAGUGACAUAGUCCAGGACCCGAGGUCAACAGUUUAGUGGCGCAACAACAUGCAGCAGGUCCCGUUUGACAAGAAACACUUCUAUUACACUUGGCUUACUUUAUUAAAGCGGUUUACCUGUCCAGCAUAAGGGUUACAGGGUCCGUAAGAUUCCAAAGCGUCCCCCGUCAUAGUUGACCUGGCUUUUUAGCUCUUGUCAAGUCUACCUCCUUAUUAAGUGCCCAUUAUUCCGCCAGAGUCUCCAGUAUUUACUUUGUUUUCUUGCUUGUGUUGGCAGUCAUGGCUAAAGGAGGAUUCAGACAAUUUUCUGUGCUUUCUGGUUGGUUUCUACUGUCCGAUAUUGUAGCACGCUAACUUUGUUUGGGCUCCUGAACAACAUGGUGGAGCAGUGUCUGCCUCACAACCAAUCAGGUUGGGAAGGUGGAGAGUGGCUUUGUUUACAGUCAGAAAGAGUGGAGCGCUCAAAAAAUUUUAAAUGUUGACUACACAGACAUAACAAAACACAGCAAUAUUUUUAUAUUACCAAAUAUCAUCAAUGACUAAUAGCUAUUGACUGAUAUUAAAGCUGUUUUGUAUAUACGCCACAAAAAAAGAUGCUUCUAUAACAGAUUCCUGCCCACCUAAUGGAGCCUACACAGAUGUGGAAGAUACCCAUGACAUGAACUCUGAUGAUCCUCAUACUAUCAGAGAUGAGGACUUUGGACUGUUCACCGGAUGGUCUCUCCUCACGAUAGAGUACAGAAUGCAGUGCCCAUGAUCUCCAGAAAGAAUGCAAAGUUUUAGUUCAUCAGACUAGAGGACAAAACUCUAUUUGUCCUUACUCGGUCAUUUAUGAGCUCAGGUCCAAAGAAGCUAGUGAUGCUCUUGGAUCAUGUUAAUGUAUGAUUCCCGCUUUGUAUGGUACAGUUUUAAACUGCAUUUGAGAUUUGGUGACAAUGUAGAAAUGGUUUUUGGAAGUGAUUCAUAGCCUAUGCGGUCAUUUGCACUUCAGAGUCGAUUUGUUUUUUUAAAAAAGUACCCGGAGAUCAUGGCCAUCCAGUCUUGGUUUUGGUCCUUGUCCUUUUUGUACAGAGAUUAUCUCUGAAUCUUUUCAUGAUAUUGUAUAAUGUAGAUAAUGAAAUCCUCAAAUUCUUUUUUUUUAUUCACGCUCACCAACAUCCUUUAAUUGUUGUAUUUCUUCACAUUGGCUGUCACAGGGUGGUGAACCUCCUUCCAUCUUAACCUCUGAGAGACUCAGCCUCUUUGAGAGCCCUUUUGAUACCCAGUCAUGUUUCUAACCUGUUGUAAAUCAACCACAUUAGUUUUUAGAUUUUCCUCCAGUGUUUCUUAGCUUUACACAACUCAGUGGGUGUUUUGUAAUUCUGCUCCAGCGUCCCUCUAACUUGAUGCUGGCAUCGUUGAAAAAGACAAUUUUGCAGUAUUUUUCAUUUAAAUAAAAGGUUUACAUUGUUUUUAAACAAUCAAGUCUAUUUUACAUCAUCAUAUCUCACAGUAUCCAAACUCUAAUUGAAUACAGCUCAUAGUUACCCAGAAGACAGGCAUGUCCUCUGGGUAAAUCAUCACUAAAGAUGACCAGUUUUCUACCCUUUUCACCUUCAGCUCUUUCACUCACUCACUCACUCACUCAUUUCCUCACUCUUUGUCUACUCUACAGGCUCCCAGCGUUCUGGCGAGCUCUGCAAGCUCAGAGGAGGACCUGCUGGCUAACUGGCAGCGGAUGUUUGUGGAGAAGAUGGCACCAUCAUGCGAAGGCUCAAUGGUCCACCGCACUUCAUUCAGCAGUCAGACAGCCCAGGAGCUGCAGAGGAGCAGGCAGACACCAGGAGGCGGUGCUUCGUCUUCCUCCGAUCGCCACAGAGCGGCGUACUCCGAUGGCGAGGAAGGUUCCUCGGCACGCAGCUGGACACCAAGCCGUGGCUCCAGCCUUGACACUGACACUGACACUGAGCAACGGUCUGGCAGGAGGGGACGCUAUAGCGCUGGAGAAGGUUCCACAGAGGAGGGCAAGAGGCUGCUAAUGAACCUGGAGGAUGAUGGAGGCAGCGGGGACACAGCAGUCACCAUGGCAACAGGUCCUGCAGACAUCUGCAGGGAGGAUUUUGAAGAGGAUGAGGCUGAGAGUUCAACUGAGGAGAGAGACGUCCUCCCGCAUGACCUCCCUGUCAUCUCACCACGCCCCCUGGACUUCGAUGCAGCCCAUGCCACGGCUGCCCCUCUGCAACGGCCACAGAAAAGCCCAAAGAGAAUGGGCGUGCACCACUUGCACCGUAAAGACAGUCUGACCCGAGCCCAGGAGCAAGGCACUCUGCUGGAUUGAUGCUCGCACUCCAAAGCUUGAGAAAGUCUUGUUCACCCUACACUGUGCUCCAUCAGCUGCUGUCUGUUUCCAUGGCAACUGACCUGUCUGUCAAAGAGGUCAGAGGUCUAGCCCAUCAGGAUAUAGCCAUACUCUACCGUAUGCUGCCGAGCUCACCGUGUGUGUUUGUUUGUGAGUGUGAGUGAGCGAGUGUGUCAGACCGAUCAGUUUUGAUAUUGAUCAGCUGUAGAUCAAUAUUUGGGCUUCUGUAUCACUGAUUUGAACCCAGAGAUUCAGCUGAUCAGACAGAGUUGUAGGUAAAUAAAGAGAUUUAUUUUUGUGUUAUGAAAUGAAUUCUAACAGUAUUUUUAAAGAUGAACGAGUUUUAGAAAAAAAUGUCAGAACUGUUCAAAAUUAGCAAAAAAAAAAAAAAAAAAAAAAAAAAAAUAGGAACACACCAAAAGUAUUUGGAAACACCUCCUCUACAGUAAAUGAAGGCAGUAUUUCCUCACAGAGUGACAUGCUUUUAGCAUCAGGAGAUCAGAUAUGGUUCAGCAGUGUUAAAUCAAAGUUUGGUCAAGGAUGGUGAAAUAUUUCAGCCCAUGUAGAGAAGUUGUAUCCACACAGACUUUAGCAGUACAGAGAUAAACCACAUGGCUCAAAGUAUGAAAACAGCUGAUCAAACUGGUUAACUACUCAAUAUUACUGGCUAAAUUAUCAGUGUUACAAUCAAUAUUUUUUAAUCGGUCUUUUGCUUGAGUGUGACUGUGUGCGUGUGUGUGUGUUCUCUUCCUUUUUUGUGGUCAGAAGAGAAAAUGACUGAAUGAAAACUUUUAAAGAAAACAAACCACACACUUUACAGAUGUCUUUGCCUUGUGUCCUGAUCAGGAGCUUUUAUUUUGAAAAGAACAGACCAGACACAACUGGAUGAACACACACUCCCACUAAGACUCUCAGUGCCUAUCUUUCUUACACACUUUCUCUCUCUCUCUCUCUCUUUCUCUCUCUCUCUCUCUUUCUCUUUCUCUCUCUCUCUUUCUCUCUCUCUCUCUCUCUCUCUCUCUCUCUCUCUCGUUUUCUAAAAGGUACAAUGCAGGGCCAUCUGAGAGUCCAACUUGUAUUUUUGUUGUCUUCUUUGAUCAUUGAGUUCAUGUCAUGGUGUUACUAUUUAGUCAUCUGGUUUGUAGGGGGAGUUUGGUUAAUCGCCCCCACACCCUUACCCCACACUCACCCCCACACACACACGCACACUCUAACACACACACUUUCCCUAUCAGCGACACCAUGACUGUACCUGCAGGGGGGGGCGGAACUUCUCCACCUGGAAUGUAACCAUCUUGGUUUCAUGUUAUUGCUGUUGUCCCCACCUUUUGUUUCCCUCCUGUUGGUGAUGAUAUCUGGGGUAUACAUUACUAUCUUAAGAGAUUGUUUUAUUAUUCGUAUGUUUGGAUUUGAUUUGAUGUUGUUUGUUUCCAAUUUUCUUUUGGUUUCUGAUCAAUCUGGUUUGUAUGUUCAGAUAUUUUAAGCGUCUUACGAAAGCCUACUAGAGCCAGAAACACGGGUUUAAAAAAAAAAAAAAGCUGUGAGAUUUCACUUGCCAAUUUGCAAGAGUAUUGGUAUGUUUAGACCUAAAGUAUCACUGCAUUUGACAUAUUUUACAGUUCCACUCAUACAUAUUUGACAGAGGUGGAAAAAAGAAUGAGAAAGUGAGAAAAUUGCAAAAGUCUUUCUUAAAACCUUGUUUAUCUCACCUUGCUGUCAGAUCUGACCGUGCAUGAAUUCAGACUUCCAUCGUGACAAAACAUAUUCUGAUCAUUGAGAGUCUUUAUAGCUGAAGCAAGCCAGAUCUCAGCCAACAUAUGAAACGCGAGAGACAGCCAGACUCCUUCACAGUAAAGACAGAGGGACAUAUGCCCUACGGCUGGAACACAAAGUCAGUUAUUAUCAUCCACUUAAGCUAUUCUGGUACAGAUGUGAGCUAACAUUAUCUUGAUGUCAGCCAUGAGGAGCAGCUGGAAGUGUCAGUGAAGUAAAGACCACACUAAGGCCCUGGAGAAGGCUGCAUCUGAAUUGAUUGCCUCUCCAGAUUAUGCUGUAAACUCAGAUAGAACCGUAUUUAGUAUUUGGACAACCACUAAUGAAUCAAUGGAUGAUAUGCUUCCAUCUCUUCCAGCUCUGCAAAAGCAAUGCUAAAAUACCCCCUGACAACAGGCACUGAUAUCUUGUACACACUAAGUUCAAGUCUGUUUUUCUUUUUUUUAUUUUAAACAGCUCUUGUUUAAGGCUCAUGUUUGUAAUAAUAGUGUGAGAGUCUGCAGCUGUACUGUAGUCACAGCUCUGCCCUCGAACACCUGCUGCAUGUUUCUGGCUCUACCAGGCCUCCGUACAUUUAUUCUGAUUCAUUUCUUUGUAUUCUCUGAGGUCUGUGUUUCUGAUCGAAUGUUGGCUUGUUGCCCGCUCAGAGCUCUCUGAUUGUGACUCUCACCAAUGACCACUGAUCACUGAUUGAUCCACUGAAUGAUUAACUGAUUGAUUUACCUGCUGUAAGAGUCUGACAGAGUUUAACUUUAUGAAAGUCAUUAGAUUAUAAACCUCAUCACUAAACUGUCUGUUUUUGACAUCAAUGUUUCAACCUCUGUGUUUCUACAGAAAAUCGAUGAGUAUCGAACUCCAGUCUGUUAACCAUGCCUGUGUGCUUAAGAUCAAGCAGUGGUGGUCAGCAGGAGAUGUCAUCAACAUGAAAUAGAUUUGUUUCAUCUUAAAGGUCCCAUGGCAUGCCAAUUUCACACAACUUAAAAUAGUCCCCUGUUGUGUUAAAAGCAUGUCUGUGACGUUCUUCGGUCAAAAUUCGAUUUGGAUCAAUUAUUUUAGUGCUCUUUUUAUCAGCUAAAAACAGCUCCGCUCAAAAUCCUCAGUUUUGGGCCAUGUCUCUUUAAUGAAAUGAGCUGCACCUAAGCCACGUCCACUUUACACCCAUCUCUCUGGAAGGGGCUGUGGCUGUGCUCUCAUAGCCAUGUGCUAAUGUUUACACUGGCUCGGUCAUGGCUGCAAGUAGAUCGCUCGUACAACCCUACCAGUUUGAGCCAGAGUCUGACCCAGAGGGAGAGGCUCCGGAAGAAACUCUUAGCCGCGUUCAGACCAAACGCGACAUGAAGCAACAUAGUCGACACAUCCUAUGUAUUAUUCAAAACCGCCAGGAGGGUCACGCUUAAGGAGGAAGAUAUGAAUGUAGAAAAAUUUACAACCAGAGCUCUGCUACAAUGUAAGAUUUUGGUGCUCUAAAACUUCUCUGAAGCCUUUGCUAAUUAAUAGGAUGGCCGACCGUCCAGCAUUAUCCGGGACGCAAAUCCAGCGUUGAACUGUCCCUCGUUGAUAAAACAGUCCAAAGUGAAAUGGUGCGCACAUACGUACAGAUAUUUUGGAAGUGCCGCGGGUACAUUCCCAUUAUAAAUAAAAUCCACCCAUUGAGUCCUCAAAUCCUCUGACGAGGGAGUUUUCAAAAGAGUUUUGUGCUCGUUUGUGCAGCCAACAACAGAGCAAACGCUGCCUCUUUUUCAGAUCGUUCUUUCGCCAUGGUUCUAACCGAGGCAAUGCGAGUGAGCGGCCGGGAAUAAUGGCAAUGUUUUGAUAAUUUUGUGGGCAGGACAGUUGGCGGCUCCAUGGGAAGUGCCAUCAACCCGCCAGCACUGACAUGACGACAUGUCAGUGGAGUUUCAGAACGGCCGGCUCUGAGCACACAGUUCCUAAAUACGGAGAUAACUAAAAUACGACUGGAUGGAAUUUUUUCGAACUUGGGGGGAUUGUACCGGUUUUCUAUCCCUGAUAUGCACCCCCCUCCCAUUAACAAAGUCGGUUUUUCAUGCCAUGGCCCCUUUAAACUGUAUGAAUGACGGUCAUAAUGUAAAAAGAAAAAGAGCCCAUAGAGUCCUGAAAAGGGGAUGAUUUUUGCUCCCAAAUUUCAUCAGACCAGUUUUCAGGAGAAAGAGAAGAUCAUUUAUUACUUUAGUCACUGUCUGCUCCUGCUGGUGUUGAGUUAAAAUUUCAAUCUGCAAAAUGCCUUUUGGCGUCAAUAUUUUUGUAAAUGAUUCAUUAUUUGAUCGAGAGAAAAUGAAAACAUCUUUGAUGGGGGGGACUUCUUGGUGAUAUUUCACAUCAUUUACAGAACUGGUGAACUUCUUAAGACUCGAAGAAAAUUUAUUUUAGCCUUCUUAUAAGAUCUGUAAACACACAAGAUUUGAAAUAUCCAAAUUGAUACCUUUGCAAUUUACCACGUCUACACUAACGCCUUAUUAAAGCAUAUGGAUUCAUAUCAUAAACGAAAGCCCAAUGCCAUUCAUGACAAUUUACGGCUGCAUUGACGGCUUUAUCCUCAGUGUGUCCAUUUCUGCCUCCAUAAAAGCAGCGAUUUCCUCUAAGUCCACUUUUUUUUUUCCCGUGGAAAAGACGCAUUUCUCAUAUUUUCUUUUUUAAGUCCUUAUACUUAUGACAAUGUAAUGCUGAUGUGUCAAAGGAUGAAGUAUCUCCUGGUUUGUGAAACCUAUACUGAGGCACAGUUCCUUCAAAUGCUUCAUGGCCAUAAUUUUAACAACUGUCCUCUGAAUUAACAGGUAACCUUACAACGUUAUUCUCAAAAAUGUAUGACUUUAAUCUGGAAGCCUUUAAAAAAUUUCUCUAUAUGGCCCUCAUACUCCUUGAUACAAAACAUGCAAUCAUUGGAUGAAUUUUGUGGAAAUGAUCUGUGCUUGUAUGUAUCUAUUGUUUUGUGUCUGUGUAGGGUCGCACAAUUAAAAAAAUAACUGCUGCGCUUAGCAGCUUUUCUUCAAGUCAGCCGUGAUGCGAGCCUGAGGGCGGGGACAUUUGGCGACUCAACCAGGAAGUCCUCCAAAGGGUAGACCGUCCCAAUUCACAAAAACUGGACCAUCUCACCCAGGGUUCUCAAGUCCACAUAACGGCAGUGCGCUCAGCUCAGCCAUAUGCAGUCUCUGAAUUGAGACACAGCCCCAGUCACUUGCAUUGGAGAAUACAAUACAAGAACUUUAUUGAUCCCCAAAGGGAAAACUGUUUGUCUGGAGUCUCAAGUCAUUUACCAUUUACAGAAGAAUCAUAAAUUCCGAUGGCUGUGGGUACCAAAGAUCUUCUGAAUCUUUUUGUCCUGCAUCAAAGAGAGAGGAGCUGUCCACCACCAUUGGCCCUUUGGUCCAUUAAGGUGUUAUGAAGUGGGUGAUCCAUGCUCUUAAGAAUAGUCUCCACCUUCCUCAGUGUACAUCUCUCCACCACAUCCUCCACUGAGUCCAGCUUGAAUCCAACCACAGAGCCAGCCUUUUCACCAGUUUGUCCAGACAUCUUGCAUCCUUGUGUCUUAUACUGCCUCCCUAGCAGACUGCAGUAUAGAACAAAGGCUUCCCCCGUACACCACAGUUUCCACUCAGUAUUUUUUUUACAGCACUUACUGGUAUAUCACAGCAUUCCUUUUCUCCUCUUCUUUUUUUGCUUAAAAAUUAAAUUCCAUCAAUGACUCCAGGUACAAAGAUUAAUUUAUACAAUUUAAACAGUGGUGUGUUUAGAUGUUUUAAAAAGUCCAGGCUCAGUCAGUCAGUCUAACAUAGUUUAUAUACACUUUUAUUGAAAAUUAUGCAGUUUAAUGCCUCAGUGUACUCUGAAAUUGAUGCGCAGAACAAAUAAAAUAUUGAAGUUUAAAAAAGAAAUCAUAGAAUCAAUUUAGGAAUGAAAAUGUAUUAUAAAUUUUGGACUCAUCAAAGUAGCCACCUUUGGCAGAUAUAACAGCUGAACACACUCGUGGCAUUCUUUCUACAAUGGUAAUCAAAUAUUCUUUAGAGAGUUCUUCCCAACUCUGUUGAGAAGUUUCCAUAAAUGUGUAGCACUUGUAGGUUGCUUUGCUUUCACUCUUCUGUCCAGUUCUUCCCAAACCAGCUGGAUGGGGUUCAAGUCUGGAGACUGUGCUGGCCACUCCACGUUUUCAAGCUUACCAUCUUGUUCUUUUUUCUUAAGGUAGUUCUGGCACAGCUUUGACUUAUGUUUUGAGUCAUUAUCUUGCUGUAGGAUGAACCUUGACAUAGUGUCUGACUGAGCAAAAAAAAAAAGAACUUUGAAGAUUAAAUUUGUUGCUUAGCUGGGCAAAUGAUGCUAAUUGGCCAUCAAUGUACGGAUCUGAAAAUGUUCUAAUACCCCUCUCUCUUCAGACUGCAAACACCCCAUCCAACCAGGCAGGAAAGAAUGAAUGAUUUUGACAAAUGUAUAGAGACACUGGGAACCCAGCAAGCUACUUUUGUCUGAUUUAGGAUUCGCAAGGAGUUCUUCGCUGUAGAAUUUUGUUCAAUUAAUUAGGCUACUAGGGCAGAGCCCGAAAACAAAAGGGCAAGGAGUCAGGAAAUUUCAACCGCAGCAGCUUCCAACUGCAACCACAAAG